AGGGUUACCUGGUGAAUCUGUGUCAGUUUAGUCAAAAUAUAUGUUUUAUAAAGUCUAAACAGGUUGUAAAACACGUAUCGAACCACAAAUUUCUAGGGCUGGGGCGAUUUGUCAAUGCAAUCGACUACAAAAAUGUGUCAAUGCAAAAAACAUGCGUCGAAUGAUGACGUAAACAAUGCCUACUUUAGGUGACGGUGGAGGCAUGGACGGCAAACGAGCUCCACCGAAUGGGGUUGAUUUAAAACAACAAAUGUCGUUUAGGUCGUUAUCUUUGUAAUGUUUGUGUCUUUUAUCAAAAAUCACUCUGUUCUCCGACAUGUAAACAAUCAGCUGGUCGGCCAUGUUGGAUAUACCAGUGAAUCAGACGUAAUACGAUUGGUCAGAAGUGAGUCAGUGUGCGAAACUUUAGAAAAUUCGACCGUGAUACGAAAAAAUCAAUGCCGCAAUAUCACAAGACAGGAAAACGUCGCUGAUGUGAACGUUUGUAUUGACAUAAUGUGCCUUUUUGGUUGGUUGUGUGGCACUGACUUUCUCACUAUUAAAUGAAAGAUGGUAUGAAUGUUAUUUAUUGUUACUUGACAGUCAUUGUCACUAUGAGUUAGGUGAGCAUGCACCUGAUAAGGGAGGCUGCUAAGCAACAAAAACAGGCUGGCUAUCCGAAUAUGGUAUACUACUGUUCAGAGUAUGUCGUCCAGCUCUAGGUGAAGGCUUUUGUCUGAGUGUUACUGAUAGUUGACUUUAGAUUAGCUAAAAAGCAAUGUGUAGUGCUUUGUGAAUGUAAAAAAGCAUUGAUAUUAAUACUGUUUUUUGUUUUGUUUGAUUUCAAUAGAAUCUUGAAUAAAUAAUAGGACAAGAUUUUAAUUUUUAUUUUGGUUAAAUUCAUUGUUAUAUUAAUCGGUUAAUAAAGAAAUAAUAAGAAUAAUCGAUAGAUUAGUCGACUAAUUGAAAAAAUAAGCUGUAUAAUUACCUUGGGAAAAAGUACAACUGGAUUUAAAAUACAAAAGGUUUUACAUUUACCAAAGCACACAAACAGAUUGAUCGUUUUAUAAAUGUUUAAUCUUCUAAACUUUUACUUCUUCCACUCUUUAUCUUGACUAACAUACAUAUUUUCCUCCUUUCUGCACUUUAAAAGCUUCUACCUGAGGAGUCCACCUCCCUGUUUGUCCCUGUUUCUCUCUCAGGCCGUCCCUCACGGGGCGGUCGGACCACCCUUUGGAAACCACUCUGAGAGAACACCCAAUAGGAGGGGCCACGUGCUGAGGUGUUUGAGAAGGUGAUGCCGUAAAAGCGGCGAGCAUGUCGCAAACCAGGUGUGGAAGGUGAUGUCGUAAAGCGGACAGGGGAAAGGGAGAGGGGAGGGGUGAGGAGGGGGGAGACAGGAGGGAGGAGGGAGGAGGAGGGAGGUGACUCGCGAGCGGCUGCGCUUCAGACUCAGCGAGAGGAUCAUGGCGGAUGGCCCCAGGUGUAAGCGCAGAAAACAGGCGAACCCGAAGAGGAGCAGCGGUAAGUCGAAAGUCGUCCGUAACCGCUUCUGGGUGAUCGAGCCGGGCUGCCGAGGAGCUUUCCACUCGGUAAAGUCCUCCUGAAGACUUGUGGGAGUUAGUUGGAGCUCGUUUGGCGGAGUUUGACGGAGUAUUGGUGUGUUCAUGUCCCAGGGUGGUGGUGGUGGUGGUGUACCGUUAUACCUGGUUGGCUUGUCUCUCCGCCUAGCGGUGCUCGGGGCCGCCCGGCUGAGGAGCGCACCGUUAUCCGUCACUUAUAAUAACCCGAGGAGCGCUUCACCUCUGCGUGUAUUUUUAAGUUUUUCUCCACUUUUCCUCUCCUUGUUUCGGCACUUUUCAGCCACUUUCCCACCCUCGGCAACACUUGGCGGCAGGUUGCGGGGCUUUCACACAACAACGUGGCCCGUUGAACGCAGUUUGCAGUUGAAGUCUAUGGCUUUUUUAGGGCGAGGUUGGUGCGGGGUUUCUUUCGUGUUUACUUGCAGCUCAUUCACUCCCGGAUGGAGCAGUUUUUCUCCCCAGUGCGUGAAAAUUCAACUUUAUCCAGUUGUGUCCACCGGACGUUGAAUUGUGCUGUUGUUGUGAUUCUAUGGGAUGUUUUGAAUGGGGUUUGGUCUGCUUCGCUGCAAGCUCCGGUGAUGGCAAAGACAUGGGAUGUUUAUUUUAUCUCCAGUACACCCCUCCCUGCUACAACUGCAACACCACAUGUUUCCUUAGUUAAGGUAAGAGAGGAAAUCACAUUAUUUACUCUUGUGAAGUACAUUAAGUGAUUUUUCUUCAUGCAUGCAUGCGUUUCCUCAUAUAUCGCACCAGAUUGCGUUUAUUAUUUUAUCAAUUUUAGCUAUUCAGCGUGGAUUUUUAGUCGAUUGGGAUUUAAAUUGCUCCUGUUGAUAUUUUUUUAACCAUUUCUCUUUGCACCUGUGCAUUCGGGAUUGUUGUGCAAAAAAUAAUAGCUGUUCCAUAGCUUUAUUGCCUUUUGUAUCACACUUUUAUAUACUUCUAUCAAAUCAAUUUGAUCAACAAAUGACUAAAAACACCUGAAUACAGUCUGAUAAAUGAUAAAAAUGUCCUCUAAAACAUGUAAUGUAUCAAACGAGAUGAAUAAAUAUAUUUGUUAAAUUUUAAGGACAUUUUUAUUUAUUUUUUUGGUUUUCAGUAGUAAGUGAAAUAAACGUUUCAGCACUAAAAAUGUGGAUUUUCAGACCAUAAUUUGUGGUGUCAGGCAUUAUAAAGGGCUACUGGCAGUUGUAAGACUUUUAUUUUGAAGGUUUUGUGCAAAGGUUUCUACUUGAUUGAAAAAUAUGGACUCAAAGCAAAUCACAUAGCGACUUAAUCUGCUGUGAUAGUCACUUUAUACUACCAGUGUCUUAUUUGAAUAUGUUUUAUAUUGUAGAUUACGGUGUUAAGGUAAUGUUGAGCACACCUGUGUUAAAUUAAAGGAUAUAGAAAUAGGACUCAAACGCAGGUUGUUGUAUUAACUCAAACGCAGCCCCCUCAUUGGCUGCUUUCUUACCUGUACUCCCCCCCUCUAACAUCGAAUCAGCCAAUAACAAAGUAAAAGCUUAAAUUUAUAUAUUUUUAGACACCGUUAUGAGGCAUGAUCUGUGGGGCUGGAAAGCACCUUUCUUUCCUCCUCCCGCUGACGACACGACGGUGACUCUGCGCGUCCGUACAGGAGCCAUCAUCCUCAUCAUCCUCAUCCUCAUCAUCAUCAUGUUUACCUGAACGCGGAUAACGGGGGGCUUUGCAAAUGGCCUAGAAAUAUACAGAAAUAACACCUGCAGCAGCUCUCGUCCGUUACCGGAAAACAGGACCUGCUCGUCGUUGCAUAAAGCCUCUGAAGGUGUCUGUGGAAAAAUCGCUCCAAAUGUCAACUUGUGCAGGUAGAGAUGGUUUUUUUGUGUGUAGUUUGACCGUGUGUGCCGUGCAUGGAUGCUCUCCUGCCUUUCAUUCUCGCGGGAUUUAUCUCCUGGACACGCAUUUCUGACCCACUUGUGCAUGUUUUAUCCCCGCUUUUGUGCGUGUUUUUUAUGCAGGCUGGUUGUUUGAUCGAGUGCGAUGUGCAGCAGUGUGCGUGUGUGUGCGUAUGUGUGUGUGCGUGCACGGAAAACGAGCGGUGCAUAAGGUGGUUAUCCCUCUGUUAUUCCUAACCCUGGACAAUAACAGUGCUUAUAGGGCUCCCCGUCAAACCUCUCGUUUCCAUCUAUUGUGUUGCGGUGAUUCGUUAUACAAUUUCCUGAGCGGUGAGCGGAAGGGAAUGGCGGUCAGUACCAUUACUGCAGUGAAGGCGGGGUUGCUGCCUUUUUUUUUUCCUGGACCGGAGACAGCCAGGUACGCAAGGUGAUGCAACACCUAUAAAGGUGUAUUUUCACCGAUUUAAGCGCCUCAGUUUUGCAGCUUCGGGCUCCAAUUCUCAACCUAAGUGUCCCCUAAGCGUCUGUUUUGACUACAUUUCCACACAUUUACAGUUAAAUGAGGUUAUAACGUGGAAGGAGCGCACAUCAAGAUGGUAAAAGGUGGUGAGAAUCAGUGCGCACUCCUCUCAUCUCAUCUCUGCUGGUCCUUUUACCUGCUUUAUCUUUUAUCUGUCAUCUCUUAUCUCUUUUACCUCUUAACUUAUUUCUGCUACACUGUCUUUUUAGCUUUUGUUUUAAUUAUCCUCUUUUAUAAUCAACCUUUUAGGCUUUUUAUUGUUUUAUUUCUUGCUAAUUUCUGUUGCUCUAUUUUGGGGCCGAUGCCUAUACUGAUUAUUAAGGUCUUUUCACACCGAGAGUGUUUUUUUCGUGAUUAUUUUGGACGUCAAUAUUUUAUUCGAACAAGUAUCCUGUCAAUACAAGCGUUCACAUCAGUGACGUUUUCCCAUCCUGCGAUACUGCGGUAUUUAUUUUUUCGUAUCACGGUCGAUUUUUCUAAAGUUGCGCAUACUGUGUGUCCACUGCUAACCAAUCAGAUUUCAAGUUGUUACGUACAUCAUAAAAAAUGAGGAACACUAGAUAUACUGUAGGCUACUGCUCUUCACAUUGGUGUUACAAGUGCAGACAAAAAAAAUCGAGAAAAUCGACGAUACCGUAGAAUCGCAAUUUAAAUCGAAUCGGCAUCCAAAAAAUCGUGGAAGAAUCGAAUCAGGAGAAAAGCAUAUCGUCCCAGCCCCACUUCAUAAGCUUCAAACUACUGUAGAGUUGUGAUUUUCAGUUUCCUAAUAUCUUUUAAAAUGAGGAAAAAGUGAGUUUUUGCUCCACCAUCAGAGUGAAAUCUGAAAUAUUCCUUUUACUUUUGUAUCUUUGUGAAGUAAAGCAGCAUUUUCUUACAUUAAAUAAGCAGAGACCAACAGAUAUUUGAUUUUUUUUUACUUGAAAUUUGCUUUAAACAAGUUUUUAGUUAUAAAAAAAGUCCAUUUGUUGGAGUAGAUCGAUAAAAAGCCCUGAUUGAUUAUCGAUAUCGGCUGAUUAAAGUCAUUAAAAAGUGUGCUGUGUGAUCUCCACUGCUCAUUUGACCCCCUCUGGGUCCAUGUUCUCGCACUGCUUGUCUGAAGUCCCGCCCACAAUCUUACCUGAUUGGUCAGACGUCACAUGACAGCGUUACAUAACUGUGCUCUAAGUGUUACAGGUUAACUUUGAACACCUGUGUGUUGGGUGUUUCAGGUUUAAUUCAACAUAAGAUAAAAGCAUUGAGUUUGUAAUCCCCUAAAAUUAUAAUUUUGACUGAUAAUGCAUAAUCAGUUUGAAAUAUCGGUCCCAGUAUCGGCCCUGAAAAAUCAAUAUUGGUCGACCUCUUAAUAAGAACACAAUGAGCUCUUUUUGUAGAUUAUAAUCUGAUUAAAUUACUCAUAUUUUUUAUUUUUAACCAUAAUUACAGCACAAUAAAAACACUGUCAUAAAAGAAAGGCACUCAUGUGUUGUCUGCUUCGAAUAAAACACCAUCUUAAUUUUCAACCCUCAACUUUUGCAGGUUUCUACUGUCCAAACUACAUCUUUUGUUUUUAAAUUGCAUGAUGAGUGAGUUAGAUCAGUUCAGGGGGCUGGUAUUAAUCCCUGAUCGGUUAAAAAAGAACCAGAAAGGCUCUACAGUUCCUCUAUUUUCACUCACAAAGUUACAUUUUUGUUGUAAUUUCCCUUUAUUUAUGAGCACAUCCAUAAUACCCACAGUGCAUUUCACCUGAGAGGCCCCAGAGACUUAUUUCCAGGUUUCACUUCAGCUAAAACGCUGCUGUCGUCCCCUGCAUUAUAAACUACCCUUACCUAUCCAGCCUAAUUGAUAGAUGUCGUGCAGUUGGCCUUGGCUCCCGUCUUUAUAGCGAUGAUUUCCCAGCAUGCAGCAGCUGUAAACAUGCUGGUAUUAAAGCAGGGUAAAUGAUGAGUGUCAUCUCGCUAUCGGCCUGCAGAGACCCCUAACAGCCUCCUCCAGUCACUUACUCCACUUGUUUUAGCUUAAUUUAAACCCUUAGCAGGCUCCACGCCGUACAUCAGAGCGAGCUGCAGCAGCAUGCACAGCACAUUAACGCUCACUCUGUUGUUUUUAAAUCAGAAUAUAUGGACGGACGCCGAAGCUAGUUCGCUUGCAGCUCCGCCUCGGGUCUGAUCUUCUGCAGCUCUCCUGUAAAUGUCAGGUGUCGGCCCGAACCCUGCCCUACUGCCACUUUGGUCACAGCUUCGUCAUCCAUCGCCUUUCCUCUCGCUUCACGUGUGUGUGUGUGUACAAGCACGCUCUCAGCUGGGCUGUAAUCUAACACUGCAAUUUAGGGACUACAGGAAUGCAGCCUGGUGUUAACAUACCUUGACAGGAUAAACACGGCGGCCCACUCCCAGGCUUGUGCAGCUCGUACGUCGAGGCCUGGCCUUCACCGUCCUGCAGAGGUAUCUGAGGAAUUAAGAGAACAUGACCUGAGUGGGUUUGAAACAGAAACUAUAUUCAACAAGAAGCAUGUAGUGUGUGUGAUUGGAGUCUAACGUGUUCAAUGCAUGCUUGAUUGGGACUGAAAAACCAGGAUUGACACCUUUGCAGGAAAAAUUUCGGGAAGUCAGCAGACAGGGGUCAUGUUUAUCUAUAACAGACAGGUCAUGAGGAAGGCUAAUGCAAUUCUGGUUUGUCUUAACCACCCUCUGCACUAUGAAUUCAAGCUUUUGCCAUCAGGCCGCCGUUAUCGGGCUCCUUCAAGGACGACUAAGAGAUUUCAGAUCUCAUUUAUCCAUGGUGCGAUUCAUUUACAGAAUGGUAAUUAGACCUUAAGUUGUCCAUGUUUUUCUUUGCAUUUUUGCACAUCAGCAUUUCGCACUUUUUCACAGUUUACUAAGGCAGUUAUCAUUUCCAGUUUUGAUAUUGGCUCUGGACUGAGCAGUAUGUUUUAGUCAUCCUGCAGGGUUUCUCCUACAUGCAAUUGAUCGCUAAAUAAAAGCCGCCACACCGUAAAGAAAAAUUCAUUUUUAUCUCACAUAGUUCUACCAAGGACUCAUAUGUAUCAGCAGUGUUUCCCCUACAAUCAUUCAGCAGUGACGCAGGCAAGAGUGCGGUGUGCAGACGGCUGUCUUCUGCAUCAGGUCAUGGAAAAAGUUGUUGAUCUGAAAGCGCUUUGAAUCAGGGUUUCAAAGGCGUUUGUUUUACUCUGUGCUGAUUGGUUCUUUGAUCAGCUCGCUCUUGAGUGACACGUAGACAGGCAGUAUUUUCUCAUAGUCUGGUGUUUGCGCACGUUGAUGCUGUAACGCUCCAUCAACGUAUGGUACGAUGCACCAAACAAGCUCGGUAACACCUUGUAAGAACCUCCCAGUUCUUCAGACCCUGAUCCAACCAAAACCACAUGCAGCAGCAGUCACACUCUCUCAGAGGAAAAAUAUCGACCCUGCAGCUUGUUUUGCCAUCCUCUUUGUAUAAAUGAACCAUUUUUAAGGUCACCCUGAGGUGUUUCAGUUACAGCUUUUCCACAGAGCGGAGGAGUCAUGUGAGAGUCUGACUGUUAGAUAACAGGCCUUGCCAUUGGCCGGGUUCAUCCUGGUGCACUCAUGUUCUGCGGCCCCACUUCCAAAAUAAACGAAGAUGCUGGAAAAAUGUGGAUAAAAACAGACUUUGAUGGUUUGCAGAUCAUUUAGUCUGAUUGAGAAAAAGCAUAAAAAUGUUACUAUCCUAUAAAUAAUUCAGUAUACACUCAUGUUAAAGUAAAAAAAGUGAGUUGGGGGCAGGUUUACCGUCAUGAUGCAUCACCCCUCUUACAGGAUUCAGCUGCUCAACAGUUCAGGGUCUCUGUUUCAAGACGUGCCAAAUGGGACAGGUGAUCAGUCAGGGCUGCAGGUGGGACAGUUUGUGGUUUGGUGUCUAUUAUGUUAAGUCUACUCUGAAUCAGUCGUUGUCUGGAUGUUAGCAUGUGUCGCUUUGAAACCUGUAGUUAUAAUUCAGUAUUAAUGAUGUGGUUGUAUGAGUACUUCUCAGUGUGGUACAGUUUUACAGAGAAAUAGACGGAUUAAAGGUCCUUUCAAACCAAUAGCAUUUUUUUCCUGCAAUUAUUAUAAGUGUUAUUUAAUUGUGUUUUGUCUAAUGCAAAAUAAAAAGAAAGGAAAAAUUUAAAGUGUGAUUUCAGGUAAUCUGCAUUGUGAUUUCCUCUACUACUAGUUUUAAUUUUUUGUCAUUUUUGGGUGCAGCCACCAAGUGUGUAAACAAUACUGGUUUUUUGGAAGUGAUUUCCAGCCAAUGCAGUGACUCCCACUGCAGAGUCAUGUCUGUUUUUGAUGCUGUGCUCUCAAGGGUCUAAAGAUCUGGUUUUACAGCGUUGUUUUUCAGCUUUUUUGUAUCUGUUUGGAUUUUUUAUAAAGAUGUUUUAUUCUGUAUAUGAUGUUAAAUUUACACUAAAGGGACAUUAAUCUGAAACUGUUGAUGACUGCUCACACAGUCUCUCACAGAGUGGUAAACUCUCAACAUCUUUAUAUAGAGACUUUUUUUAUUUGCUACCCAGUCAUAACACUUAUGACUUAGUUGGUAGAUGCUCCUUUAGGUGAUUAUAUUCAACAAUACCAAACUUUUUUUUAGUGUUUUGAUGUUUUUGUAACUUUUUCUAAAUAUUUUGUCGAGAUCGAAUUAAAAAUGAAAAAAAUGUUUUUCAAGUCCAACAUAAGAUUUGUUAUCGAAAUAAAGAUCAAAAUCUGAUUUUUAAAAACAUUUUAUACAGCGUCUGAACUUUUUUUUGGAAUUGUGGUUCAUUUACGCUGGAAAAAAUCGUGAUUAACCACUAAUUUGACUUAAUUUACUGGAAUUUUGGGGGUUAUUUUUGUUCAAUUAUGUAUACCUCAGGUGUGUUGUGGGUAUAUUCGCACCCGUCUGCCUCUGUGGUGUGUUCAUAGGAAGUCUCAGGAAGCAUUAGCUGAGGGAAAUGAUCCUGAGUGGGUUAAGAAGUGGUUGUGGUCAACAGUAGCUGUUAAUUGAUCCAUGACCAUCGGCCAUUCAUGUUACUUUCUCUCAGUGCUAAAGAGCCUGGAGCUGUGCGUGUGUGUGUGUGUGUGUGUGUGUGUGUGUGUGUGUUGUUCUCCUUGCACAAAUGGGCCUGCGGAAUGACAAAGCACUACAGGACGCCUUCAGCGAGUCAGCAUUAACCCCUCCCAUCGCCUUUUACGGUCCUGAGGGGGAGGUGCGCGGAGCUACCGAUGCUGCUGCUGUGACUAAUUGAGCAGUGUGUGUGUUUGUGUGUGUGUGAGUGUGUGUUUGCAUGAAUAAGUGCGCAUGUGUUUGUUAGCAUCAAGGUGGGAAACUGCUACUUUCCUCUGGGCUUUGCAUAACAACACAGGGCCGCUUGUUUGGAUUUACAUGCAUUAACAUGGCGGCUGCCUGAGAGGGAAAGUCGGAGGUUUCUUCUGAUGCUCUUGAGUUUAAAUUAGAGAGAGGCACCUUGACAGAUCAGGUGUGAAAAGAUGACUCAAUAACGCUGCCGUCACAAUCAGGAGCACCGGCUUUACAGCAGUCAAGACUCUGGUUUGUCUGUGCAGCAGGUUUGGAGUUAAAGCAGGUCAAAUUUGAUAGUGUGUAGUUACAUUCAGCAUUGCUAUAACACAAAUAAACGAGUGCAUUUAAGCUUUAUUUUAUGGUAGAAAUCCUCUGUUUUUUUCCUCACAUCUAAAUAAGCACCCGUUAAUCUGAGAGGGGCUUACAGCUGGUGUGAAAGGAUGGCCGUUAAACCCAGGCCUCCAUCCAGCGGGUACAGUGUAACUACGCUGGGUGAGAAAUCAUUGCGUAUUUACAUAAUGCAGAUUUUCUAAUUUAUGGCGAUGCAUUUAGACUUUUUGUGAUCAUUACAAAUGCUCACAUCAUGAUGAUGUUAUUGUGGUUAAUUGUACAGCUCAAUAAAACAGCAGUAUGUCUUUUUUGAUUCGUUGCAAACGACUCUGGUUAAUAAAAGUAUCAGGGCUGCAAAGAUUGGUCGGUUUAAGCUUUUGGGACUUUCUCAUGAGAGUUUCUUGGAGGUUUUAACACUAUUGACAAAAUGAUUAACCUUCGGAAUAAUCUCAAUAACUGUAAAUAAAUAAUCCCUCAGUUUGCUCAGAGUUUAAGGUGGUGAGAAUAAAUAAAAAUAGUUAAUAAUAGGGCUGGGCGAUAUGGCCUCAAAUCAAUAUCAGGAUAUAUUGAGCCGUUCACCUUAAUAACGAUAAAUGGACGAUAACUACUCAACAAGCUGCUCACCCCCUCCCACAUUAACUUCCGCUCCAACUUUUGAACCGUCCUCCAUCUCCUCACCUGUCUUCCCCUCUUUGUUACAGACUGGAUGGGGUGGAGUCACGUCUCUGACAUAAGACCAUUGCCUACCUACACACAUCCAAAACCAACUUUCAUUUAUUCUUUUAACACUGAAUAUACCGCUAUGGGAAAAAUGACGUCAAUUAUUGUUGUAAAUUUUGGUAUCGGUACAUUUCCGGUUUAUCGCCCAGCCCUAAGUUAACACUUUGGCUUUGAUUGGCCACACCGAGCUGCUAGAUUCUAGAUUUAGAUGCUCACUUGCUCACCCUUCUCUUAUGCAAAGUGACGGCGGCCCUCGAGGAUAAGAAGCUCCUGUCAUGCAUGAGUAUAUGAUCCUAAAUUUGUCGAGUUUUUACCCUCAAAAACAUCUAUAACUGAAAUGACUUCAUUCAGUCAUAAUCACAAACACCUCUAGAGCUGAGCUGCAUGUUGAAAAGGUAAUUUUGAUCGAUCAGUAAAUAACAGGCAGAGACACAGAGGUGUGAUUUACUUCACUCAACAUGAGAUCUAUUUUAGUCGGAGGAGGAGGAAGAGAAACGGCGAGCUGCCCUUUAGGCUUCUCUGAAACUGACAGACACUUAUGAUGUCAUUGUGGCGUUUUGGCCGUUUAAAGUCAGUGUUAUGAGUCGUCUGUUACCACUGCUGACAACCGGGACAUUGAGAGGAGAGCCCCUCCUCCUCCUCCUCCUCCUCCUCCUCCUCCUCUCAGCCCUCCACGGAGAGGUCAGAGGUCAGUGGAGCAGCCCUGGAGCUGUGGUACAACAAAAAAAGCACAUGAGCCACAUGUGCAGAGAGUUUAACUGCACCAAUGCCCCAACAGCGCGCUCUUGUUUUGGCGUGUAUUUUCAUGAUAUGUCACCCACAUUUAAAACUGAAGACAAUCUAAAAUUUACCAAGAAAUUAGACACCAGAUUGGUAUCACCCCUCGGGCUUCUAGAGGACAUGAAAAGCAAAGACUGCUCUGUCCACAGGGGGCGCCAGAAUCAACAUAAAACUAAAAGUUUUUUACAGGAGUUUUAGAUAAUUUGACUUUUACGAAGGUCAUCUGCUGAUGCACUUGGAGCUUGACUGUGCGGCCUGCCUGGACUAGCACUAUAUUACCAGUUUUUGCAAGAACGAAUGAAAAUCAGCAAUCUAACCACAGGGGGCGACAAAAACGACACAGGAAGCACACGUUACCUAUAAAUACGUUGAUUAUUUGUAUGUAUAUUAGCUCUUAAUGCCUCAUUGUAAAGCUCUCAUUAACACCUUAAUCUGUAUUAAAAUAUUCUACUAACUGCUGAGUCAUUAACCAAGAGUUUUCCUUAUUAACCUUUUGAGAAAUAUGAAGACUUACUGCCUGUUUUAGGAGAAUUAAAAGAGGAAGUCCUCGCUGAUUUGAAGCUGCUCUGCUCUCACAAACAUGUGAAUGAACGGCUCGAUAAAAGCCGAGAAAAGAUCUGUUUCAUAUUAAAUCUGCGCCGUUAAAUCCAAAAUGAGAUUGUACUAAAGCCAAUUCCUCAGAACUUUCAACGCUGCUUCAUAAAUUCGGAGUUACUCGCUGCCACCUACGCUCCGGAGAGCGCCAAAAACCCAGAACCAGAGCUGAAGUUUACCUUCAGCCCCGCAGGAGCCUGAAAUCUCCACAGACCUGCCAAAGUCGCAUUAGCUCUUUCUUCUUUAAGGUGGCCUAACCCAUUUCCACGAGUAACCUGCUUUGCCGUCGCCUUUCAUGGCGCGCAUUAAAGCACCUGAAUAUUCAUGUAUUCGAGAGGCUCCCCGCGCAGCUAACAGCUCAAACUUUAAUCUGCGCUGCGGUGCUAACGCUAACUGAGGCUGAGCUGUGAGAGCCUGUGGAGAGGAAACCUGCUUUAUCCUGCCGGACCCUCCUAAACUUUACUCCGGGUGCAUUUUGUUCAAGUAUGUUUGCGUUGAUCCGUUUGUGCGAUUGUGUGCGCGUAGGCCAGGUUGAGCGAAAAGAAAGAGUCCUUUUCAAAAGUCCUGUGUGUGGGAGAGAGGGGGAGCGCUCUUUCACACUCAGCCGGUGGGAAACUCCUCUCCUUCUCCUUUGGUGGUGCUAAAAAUUAGCAUAUCCUGCCGUCCUCCAUUCUCUUUUUUCUCCGCUGCCGCCUGAGAGGCAGAACAGAGGGCUGCGAGCUCCAGGAGCUCAGAGGAAAUCAGUGAAAGCUGCAGCCCAAAGCUGCUGCCUGCCUGCCUCCAGGCUCAACACCCAGCCACGGCCACGUGUGCCGCCGUACAUGCAGAGUAUAAGUACAGAAGUAAUCCCGGGCAGACCGGUCACUGAGGUGGAAUGGCGCCCGUCUGUGAUAGGCUGCCGGCUUUGAUUCGUUUCCAUCAGAAUUAGGACACAUCUCAAAGGUAGAGGCAGAAGAAACAGGUGUAUGGAAGGCAAUGAAAAGAACCGUGGAGCUCAGAGGAGAGCGGCGGCAGAACAAUGAGACGGAUAAAUAAAGCAGAAAACUGGAAACAUUUCAGAGUUGAAACUAAAUUUAGAUUUUCACGGCUGUUCCUCAGUGAAAAUACGGUGAAAAAAACACUCCUGUUAUUCAGCCGUACAGACAGAGAUCUAAUAAUACAGUAUUCACAUCUCAAACCCCAGACUGUUUGUACAUUUUCACCAAUUUGAGGUUCAAGAUGAACAGAAUUUUAGAAGAAAUAAGCAUCAGAUUCACCAUUUUUGAGAGAAGUCAGUAUUAGUUAUUGUCUGGAUUUUUGCAGAAUAUGGUCGAAGAGUAGAGAAGUAGAAAUACUACGGAGGCUAACGUGCCCUUUGUGGGAUUUUAAGAGGAAAAAAAAUCCUAUUAGAAAGAUAAAGUUUUAUUUUUUAGGAAUAGAGUUGUAAAAGAAAAAGUCCAAAAUUUUUGACAAUUUAGUCAUAAAUUUUUUUAGAGAAUUUUUAUUUAUUUAUUUAAAAAAAAAUUUUUCACAAGUGAGAAUCCUAAGGUGGAGAAGUCCCAAAUUUAUUAGAAUUAAAUGAAAAAAUAUCUGAGAAAAAAUUUAAGAGGAAAAAAUUUGAACUUUUUCGAAAUGAAAGUCGUACAUCUGCAGGGAUAGAUUAUUACCACAAUAAUCAUGACAGUAUUUUGAGAAUUAAGGUGCAUGUUUAUGAGAAAGAUGUUGUAGAUUUGGUAGAUAAAGUAGUUAGAAUAGUAGUCUCAAAUCUAUGGGAAUAGAUUGUUAAUUUCUGAGAAUGUAGUAAAGGGAUUCCCGCACACUGUCCAACUUGCAAUCAGUCAUUUAUUUGCAACGUUUCGGUACGAGACCUUCAUCAGGCAAAACCAAUCAUCCUUUAAUUUCUGAGAAUAAAACUGUAAUUUUACAGGAAAAAGAGUUUUUAUUUAAGGAGAUAAAGUCCGAGGAGGAUUGAGCUCAGGUGUUAUUGUAGUUAAUUAUUUCAGGAGUUUAUUCUCGUACACUAAGGUGGCCCUAAUACUCUGCAGACUCAAUGUUAAUAAUGUGUCGAAAAUAAACACAAUGCAUGAAUGUGAGUGUUGAUUUCAUGAGCAUUAAGCCUUUAAGACUUUAUUAAAUCAGGGUUUUGUUGAAAAUAGCUCCUCAUGCCUGAGUCAUGGAUAUGCAUCUUCAGCCAUGUACCAUGGCGUGUUAUCAUUUCUGAGCUUUACACGCGCUCACAUGUCCUCUCUCUCGUGAAGCAGAUUAUUUCAUUGGGGACAGAAUGUUUUAACAAACCACUCUCAGAGGUUCGUUUCUUCUUCUUCUUCUCUCUUUAUGUCAUUUAACUUCACAGAGCUGACCGACCGCAGACUUCUCUGGUGUAUUUGAGAUUGAAUGAAGCUUUAAAAACGUUAAAAUGAGAGAGCAGCCUCCUCCCAGCAGAGUCUCAGGGGACAUAAAUCAUGAGCGGUGGACAGGUGGGUUAGGAGGGGCCUGGACUCACUAAAGACCCCCCUGAGACUGGAGUGGGUGCAGCAGUAGGAGCAGCAGCAGCAGGACAGGUGGAGUGGAAUAGAGAAUUAGAUUAGAAGCAGAGCGGAUUGAUUUAUUCUCCUCUCUGAGACUGAAGCUGCAUUUCCAGGAUCUCAGGAUCCUUGAGUAAAACUUUCUCUCAGCUGUGGACCCGUCUGCCUUCAAUAAUCCAUGUUAUGUGUGCGUGUCAGAUGUUAAAGCUGUUUUCUGUCUCUGACUAUGCAGAGUGGGAGGUGUGCGCUGGAGUCUUCAAUUGAAGGAGAGGAUUUGAUUAGACGCUAAAUUUGAUUUGUGGAGUUGGGCUUCUCUCUUUGCGUCCUGUGGGCUCGCUCUGCGCAGUGCACGGAGCUGCAGGGAUGAUGAUAUACGGCGCGUCUGGAUGUGACAGAGAGGAAAGCAUCUCCUGCUUGCAAACAAAAUAUGCAUGUCUAUUGAAAUCCCUUAAUAAAGUGUCAGUGUCGAUUUAGAUUUGCGGGUUGACGAAUCGUAGGGGAGCGUCGGCAGUCUCCUUUUGAGAGCCUGCAGCAGAAUCAGUGCUGUGUGAAGGAGAGCGCUGCAGAGGCUGAGAGAAAGGGAGCGUUGUUAUUGAAUUACAGGUGAUGGCUGCUAAUUGGGCCCUCCAGAGGUUGUGUGUUUGUGUCUGUGUGCGUUGUGUGCGAGCGUGUGUGUCUGGCUCUGGGGAUGCGGCGUUGAUGAAGCUGUUAGGGUAAAGUGCAGGGCCCCGGCGCGCUCCCUGAGUGCUGCGCUUUAGAGGCUGUACUGUCCCUGCGGACGAGCGCUAAUGGAGGCCACCGGGCCCUGAUGUAUUAUACCCAGACUGGAUGGAUGGAGGGAUGGAUGGAUGGAUGGAGGGCUGACUGACUGAGCCCUCGGUGGUGAUGCUGUAAUUGAGGUGGCCGACGAGCGAGACGAGCAGGCAGGUUUUUUGAUGAGCUGCAGGCAUGAAGCAACACGUUUGCACCAAAGCUGUGAUCCUAACAGCAUCACCCCCCUCACUGUCGCCCUCAGCAGGGGGUCAACAAGGCCUGAAAGUCAACCUGCUUCACUUUCUGUUCUUAAACGCCUUAUUCUGCUGUCAUUUAAUCAUGUUACAUUACGGGGACAGUUUGUGAAAAUGGUCUUUUUGGUCUAUUCUCGUCUAGUUUUUUGUGCACUGCUUGAUUUAUAAUGUUGGAGUAAGCAGCUUUAGUUUACAUGCGGUACACUUACUCUGUCAAGGUUGUUAAAAUUCACAAUACUGUCAUUACUUUCAGUGCCUGGACUCUCUAAGGCCUUGGAUAAGCACCGCAGGACCAGAGGUCGUCUGCUUUAUCAGCAUCACUAGGCCUUUUUUUUUAAAACCAACUUUACCUGUAAAACUUUAUCUCUAAACUCUACAGAGGCUGUGCUCCUCCACAGCCUCAGAGGGACACACAUCACUGCUGUACAUAGAGGUACAACCGAAAAAGCCUGCUGUGACUCCCCCCAUCAAUCUAAAUUUCCUGUGAUAUUUGAGAAUUUAAUUCAGAUUCAGUGUUGAUAACGAUUUAUCUGAAGGGAUUUUUGGUGCGACAUUUGUCACAGAUUGAAUCAAACAAAUCCAGACUUCGGCAUUCCACAUCUGCAGGUGGAAGGGAGGGGAGCUCUCGAAACUGUAUCCAUUCUAUUCUAUUCUGUCCUUUGAUGUCUAAUUCUAGAACUGUGGAGAUUUGUGUUCUUUAGAAUAGAGUAAGAGUGCCUGCUGUGUUCUGUACCUUGAGGGGUCUUUGCUGAUGCCCUCCCUCCCCUUACCCCCAUUUUCCACUGCAUCCGGAACGGCUACCAAAAGGCUGUAUCCGCCAAUCGUAGCUGAUCGUAACCAUUCAAGUUAAUGUGUUGAUUUCCAACGGCUUCUUUCCAUUCCACUGCGGAUCGCCGAACUCUGCAGCUGAUUGCAAGAGUUAUAUUUUUUCUGGACGCGGGAGCAUGCUGAAUAAAUUCAGCAAAGAUUAGAUUCAAAAUAAAACACUCCUUGUUUUCGGCGGAUCGUAUUUCAAAAAGUCUGGAAGUAGAUUUCCUCCUCUGGAAGGACACAAUCUACUGCUUAUAUGGUUAGCCCAUGUGGCCAAAGACAACUUGUUAUCCCGUGAUUGCACGUGAACAUAGGGUUCUUGUGAGUUCUUGCGAUUCCUGCUGUCCAUUAUCCGUCACAAAAUUUGCCUCACAAACAGAUCAGGUAGGAACUGGCGAACGGCGAAAAUUGCUGCCAUUCAGGAUGCGGUGGAAAUCCCGGGUUAGACUUAGGCAUUUCACACCUGCAGGUGGAAGGACAGGGAGCUCUCAGAACAGUAUCCAUUCUAUUCCAUUCCAUUCUGUCCUUUUAUGUCCCUUGAUGUCUAAUUCUAGAAUGUUGGGAAUCUGGCGUUCUUUGCUGCUGCUCUGCCUGUCUUGGCUUUUCUAAUACAUUCUAUUCUGUUGUUCUGAUUCUAGAACCUCACAGACUUGUUGUUCUUCAUAGUAAUAUAAAGUUGUGUUUGUAUCAGUUUGAACUCCAGUAUUAGUUAAAAAUAUCUUUAAAUAUCCAGUACCUAUGUCCCUUUUUUCGCUCUGAGAAGAUCUAUUGUUAAACUCGUCAAUAUUCUUUGUUGUUUGAUAUAGAUGUGCAUUGAAUUUCUUCCGUUGCAGAUCGCUCAAUGACUUAAUUGCGUUGUUAAAUAAGUCAUGUGUUGCAGUUUGAGCCCCAAACCUGAAGGUGGUUUUAGAGUUCCCCCUGCCCUCUCCUCCUUUCUUACUGUAACUGUUCCUCUGUGUUUCUGCUGAGCGCUCAGGAUCUCGGCUGUCACCGCCACCCUGCUUAUCCACUUUGGUGGAUUUUUGUUGAUCAAAGCAGUUUGGGCAUCGGCGCUGGCGCUGCGGCGUGACUGCUGAGGUGUCAGCUGCUCGGUCUACAUGAGAUGCGGACGGACGACCCUGCAGGCUCCCUCUUUGGUUUGUUUCUGUGUUUGUACUGCUGUCGCUCUGUGGGAUUCUGGCUCCCUCUACCUUCACUGUGGGGGAACCUGUGGGGCAAAACCUACUCCCCAUCCUCUCUCUCUUUUCCUCUGCCCUCCUCUUUGUAUGUCUGUGCUGGGUUUAAAGGCUAAAGUUACAAAAACAGCUGUGUGUGUGUGUGUGUGUGUGGUUUAUUUACUUUGUAGGGGGCGUGUCUGUUAUGGCAGGAUACGAAUGACGAGGUCUGCUGUGUGUUUUGCGCUCUAAAGGAAGCUGGGUUUCCUAUGUUGUGUUGUUGUAGGGGUCAUUGUGUUGUGUUGUGUGGCCUUGUUUUGACCCUAACCCUUUCGGUCCACUUUACUUCAUCUGUAUCUCUGAGUUGAUAUCAGCUGCUGCAGUGUUUGCUUUCUGCAUCGGUGCAGAGGGAACGCUGCGCUCUCUUCACACCUGCAGAGGUAAACUGCCGUUUUCACUCUGCAGUGGAAAGAUCACAGAUUAAAACCACACGCCAGGGCAGGUUAUGGCAGCGAGAACAUUUCAAUGACAAUUAUGUUCAUUUUCAUCUAUAAAAUGUUUUUCUUUAAAGCUCGGGCUGCAGUGAUUGAAUAUUUUAGUCAUUAACGGGGGGGCACACAGCAGGCGGCACCAUAAUCAAUCAGCCUCAUAUUUUCAUAAGACGAAAUCAUAAUCCAAAUUGAAGAGCUGACGUCUAGUUGGUUCUUAUGUGGCAGGAAUCCCAAACUCAGCACAUGAAGCACCGAAUAGUCUGGAUUUAAAUGGAAACUGGAGGAAAAUUGAUGUUUUAUAAUGAAGUUAUUCAAUUUGUUCGACAGAUUGAUUCAACCUUGUUGUCUGCAAACUACUUCUUUGGCACUUGAAGAUGAAGUUAUGAAGAUUUUGACCCUGGUCAAAAUUAUUGGCAUCUUCCAUGUCUCUGCAAAUUAGCUGUUGACUUUAGGAAACCAUCAGCCAAUACGGCCUACAGGCAAAAAGUUUAAUUUCCUGCACUCAUCAAGUAUGUAACCCGGAGCAGGAGUUUGGCAGAGCUGCACUUUUCCUUUUUGGGUUAUCGGCCAGAGUUGGCGCAGGUGCAGCUCAGCGGCUGCAGCUUUUUUUUUUUACGUUUCGACUGGGUUUCAUCAACACUGUUUGUUUUCCCCUCUGGUCUCAUGCAGCAGGCAUCCUAAUGUGAGCUCACAGAUACUUGGAAGUUAACUCGACCUGUGGUGAGCUCGCAGAGAGCUUCAUUACUCACAGGUCGCUCUGCCAGCGAAACGGCGGAUGUAUAAAACUUUACAGCAAAACACCAAAAAUUCAAGAACUUUAUGGAAGUUUGGGCAAAUUAAUUUAAGCUUUUAGUCAGUGUUUAUACAAAAUGGGUUUAUAUGCAGUAAUAGAUGCAGUAUAUUUGCAAAUAUUGUGCAGAAGGAAGAGCACGCCUAUCAUCAUUUCUAUAAAAUGCCAAAGGGAGGUCAUCAGGGCUGGGGUUAGGAUUAGCUGUGGGCUAAGUAGGGCUGGGUAAUAUGGCCUCAAAUCAAUAUCAUGGUAUAUCGAUCAGUUCACCUCGACAACGAUAAAUGGACGAUAACUACUCCACAAGCUGCUCACCCCCUCCCACAUAAACUUCGUCUACUUCAGCCGCUACAACCUUUGAACUGUCCUCCAUCUCCUCACCUGUCUUUCCCUCUUUGUUACGGACUGGAUAGGGUGGAGUCACGUCUCUGAUGUAGGACAGCAUCUUAAAGGGACAUGAGACCAUAGCCUACCUACACACAUCCAAAAACACAGAAUAUACCAACAUUGGCAAGAUGACUUUGGUUAUUGUUGUAGAUUUGGAUAUCAGUAAAUUUUCGGUUUAUCGCCCAGCCCUAGGGCUAAGCUUGACUCUUGCGACCUGCCCGAACUAGCCCCAUACACAUAGUCUACUAACACAUCCAAAACCAACUUUGAUCUUCUCAUUUUUUUGACACUGAAUAUACCAAUAUUGGCAAAAUGACGUUGGUUAUUGUCAUAAAUUUCGGUAUCUGUAAAUUUUCGAUUUAUCGCCCAGCCCUAGGGCUAAGCUCGACUCUUGCGACCUGCCCGAACUAGCACCGUACACUCAGUAUCUUGAAAUAAGUCAUUUUUCUAGACUUAAAUGAAAAACACUUGCAAAGAUGACACAGUAAGAGGUUAAAUCACCAGCCCUGAUAUUUGUCCAACAUUCCUCGUUUUAAUCGACCAAAGGAUGAUCUGACACUCGCUCUUAUUGGCGUAAUAAACCGUCUUCUCUGCCCUAAUUUGAUUUAUCUUCCCCGUCGUUAAAAAACGCUUCUUCAUCCAGAAUAAGACGAGUGUAUGGAAACAUGUUAAUGAGGUGCAGCUCGUUUGUCCCGUUAGGAUUUAUGUCUUUUCUCAGAACAUGUGCCAGGUUCUUUCCUCUCAGUGUUUAUUUAUGUACACAGCGCUGUCUUCACAUUUGUCUAGCAACACUGCAAAUAAAUUAAGCUCCAACAACAGAUGAAAACAGUCAGAAACAAGCAAAGUGGAGGGUUUCGUUUCUGCCAGUGUGCUAACAUGUGUGUGUUAAAGUGUGUGUGUACUCUUCCCAGCAUAGCAGGUGUGCCUGGGCUUCAGCCCCAUUACAGGUCUCAUAAAUACCACCUGACACGGUUACAGCAGGCAGCCUUCGAAUAUAAAACUCUCCUCCUGUGGCGUGAGCAUGCAGCCCUUCAGCGCAAUUAUAUUAUAGCACACUUCAGGAGAGGAGGGCUGCACCCUGCCCGGCUCCUCUUAACGGAUCGAGCUGCUCCGAGCACACACUGUAUCUCAAGCUGCGUCUUAUAACUUCAACAUGAGCAGUUUUAUUUGUGUUUUUAAUGCACUGCACGGUGACUUGACUCUGAAUGAGUUCGCUCCCUGUAUUAGUUAUGUCUACUCGAAUAUGCACGAAGAAAAGGGUUCAUUUGGGACUCAAACCCGGACUAAAACACGCUCUUUUAAAGGUCUAAAAAAACAGUCUAAAGGUCAAAGUGUUUUAAAGUUUAAUCCCUCUCAAUCCUCUCACAUUAAAAGUCUAAUGUGUUGUAAAUCUCAGUAUUUGUCUCAGUCUCUCUCUUUCCACGGUUUCACCUGUGUUGUGCUUUUCUGUUUAGCCUCUCCGCCGCUCUCCCCGGAUGACAUUUCAGCCCGAUUCGGCGAUCUGAACGUGCUUGACAUUUCGCUAAACUGCGCACGGAAGGUUCUGUCUGCCCGUGCGUUUCCCUUCCCGCCCUGCCUGCAUUGUGCGACUGGGUAAACACAUACGCAUACACGCGCACCAACACACACCGAGACAUGCGUGCAUCCUCGCAGGCUCGCCUUUACAUCUGGGGCGUUUUGCUUCGUCUGCCUGCAGGUUCAGGAUUAUCCCUUUGUCUUUACUGCCUGUCUGCCUGCUGCGCGGAGGAAAGCCUCCAGGUGUUUAUUUUUGAUGUUUUCCCUAAACACACCUGUAAAGCUAAAGUAGGCUAGCAUCUCAUUAUGGGCUCUCUAAACAGGUCAGAGUUGUUGCAGUGUGUGUAUACGGGAGGUUUAGCAGCUUCCUACGCCUGAAAAUAAAGAGGGAGCACUCUAUAAACGACCGAACACGACUUUUUGAUGUGUUUGCGUGUUAAAAGAGUAAAGGCGAUCAAAGUCUGCGUGAGAAACGUUCCUCGAUUGCGUCCCGAAGACCAAAGCUUUUGAUUUCCUACCAAACAAUGUUGUUGUGCAGCGAGGUGGAGGUCUUUGAAAGCGCUUCGCCUGUGGCUGUGCCUCCUCCCAACACCCCCAGAGGUUCACUUUGACUUUGAAUCUAACGGCUGGCAGCAUAUGGAGAUAUUCUUUGUUUCUGUGCCACUCAGACACGAAGCCUCCCUCUGCUAACCCGGGCACAGGCCUCAUCUCCCAGCUUGACUCUGUCCCUCGCUGACAGCCGCUCAGGUCGGCGUACAGACGGCGGCGGCAUGGUCUUCAUUUAGCGCGGACAGGAUCGCCGUGCCAGCCGAGGUUACGUGCCAAAGAGCGGCCCGCAGAGCUCGCCGCGGUCGCUGCCAGCUCCUGACAUACAGUAGACGGGCGCUGCCAAGAAUACAGUGGUCUGAUUAAGUAAUAUGAUGUUAGAUGGAGGGAUGCUGUGAGGUCGCCUGCUGGAUUUGGAGAUGGAGAGACUGCUGGUGUGGAUCGCUUCGUAUAUUCUCCAUCUGUGAUGAAACGACGCCGCUGACAGAUCACACGCUCUUUCAGAAAGGCUUAAACUGGUGACCCAGGAGGACCGGAGCAGUUCAUCAUCACGGUUUUAUCAGAUUUCAGGUUCACGAGCCAAGUCUGGUUUCUUCAAGUUGACUAUCAACUUAAAUAAACAAUCUCAGAACUUUUACCUUUCUAAUUAAGAGUAUUUCUGAAAGAGAUUCAAACAUUUGGAUUGGCGGUGUCCUGAUAUGAUAUUGAUAUUGGAUAUCGGUCCGAUAUCAGCCAAAAAAACGGCUAUUAGAUUAUAUCAGCCUGCAUCUAAAAUCUCCGAUAUCAGCACUCUGAAACAAGCCGUCCAUUCCAGACUCCGCUCCAGCACCUCUAUCUAACAGCGCCCUGAUCCAGCAUGUAGAGCCCAUCACAACAACAGAGUGUACUAAGGUACGAACAAAGUAACGAGGAGUAGGAGUGAUGUUAGAGUUGUGGCAGUAUGUUUGGUUUAAGUCCGCAAAAGACGUUGCAGCUGAGUGAAAAACUUGUUCGGCACAAUUUUGUGUCAAUAUCGGUCAAUAUUGAAGCAGUGUUGUUUUCGUUGACGAUGACGUUGACGAGACGAAUGUGCGUUUACGUUGACGAGACAAGACUGGACGAAAACGUUAGUGGUGGACGACGAACAGAGUUGCAAAAUUCCUGAGCAUUUUGUCAGUCAAGCGCUAAACAUAUAUUCUGCAUUGUUGUUUUCGUUGACUAUGAUGUUGACGAAAUAUCAUCGUCAACGAAAACAACACUGUAUUGAAGGCUACAAUAUCGGUAUCGGACACCCCUUAUUUGGAUACAGAGGUGGACUGAAAGUCAACUUCGGCUGAUUAUCGGCUUUUUUAUUUUACAGAUGGCCAAUAAAAUCAAACCAUUAAAAUCCCAUCAACUUUUCCCAAUAUUGGUUCCAAUAUUGAUUGUUUGUCUCAUGAACUACUAAUAAUCGUAUCAAUAUCGGUAUCAGAAUCGGCUCUGAAAAACCAAUAUCAGUCAGUUCCUGUUGGGUUACAAAUACUAGAUCAAAAUUGCCUUGAUAGUUUUGGAGGUAAAACUUUCAUUUUAGAUUUUUUUUCGCCCUUUUUGACCAGAAGAAAUUUGUUUCUUUAGGAGCAUCGUGGCCGAGACAGCAGCACAGCAAGCAGCUCAAGUUGUAGUUAAACACUACACUACACUAAGGGCGUGCAUGUGCAGUCGAUUGAACCAUAAAAAGUCACUUUUAAAACAUCAGGUGUGUCUUUUAUCUCUUGGUCUGAGUUUUAGCUCUUGCACAGAGUCCAGGAUCGGUUUUCUCUUGCACUCUGAUCCAGACUGGCCCGGGUUUUUGGCUCAUGCUCUGAAAUUUGCACACUAACAUCUGACCUGUAAGAAGUCAGUGUUAUAGUCCACCUUCAGGUUUAUGUUGUUGAUUGUUUUGGCGUGCGGCUUAAAGAUCAGACGGUUAUUACUUCUUAGGUGGAUCUCAACUUUCAUCUUCAUUUGAAAAUGUUUGUGUGUGGACCGGACCGUACUCGUGAAGUUGUUUUCAUCCUUCUGACGCGGCUGGAAAACCGCUCUGUGUGUAAACUGGCAUGAACUCUGUGUCUGAGCUCAUUCCCCAUUGAGGGACAUGCAGUUCUGCAUUUAAGUAAACAUCAUGACUGACGGGAGCGCACGCUUGACCUCAGUUUGCCCAGAACUCUCAGGUCAGCGGUUAGCGGCUAUCCCGGAGAAUUCCUGUCAGGACAGCAAUAGCCCGUGUUUACCCAAAGCUCAGAACAGACCCUCAUGAGGCCUUUCUGGUCCCGCCGCCGCAAAGCUUGGCGCUUAGUUUAGCGUAGCGUAGCCAAUUGAAGCGCAGAAACUCGCUCAGGGCGGUACACGCUUCCCCCACAGGCUAGCUCGUGUUGCAGAGGCAGAAAACUCCAGCAGAGACGCAGCUCAAACACACAGAUGUCAUGUUUUGCACAUCACAGCGCCGGGCUUUUACUGAUGCUAAGCAGGCCUUUGUAAGCGGCGGAAAGUCUUCAGUUCUCCGACCUAUUUCCCAAGGAGGUUUCAGCCGGAGAGGGAGUGCGUGUGAUAUGAAUACUGAGCAGGCGAGAGGAGGGGGAGUGCUGGAUCAUGACCGCAGCGGUGCAGGGGUACCUGCUGGGGCAUAAAUCAGAGCUCACAGAGAUUAUUAUUGAUAAGGUGGAAGUGUUUUUUCCUGUUGGAGCUCACUGAGACCAACGUGAGGGGCGGGAGAGAUUAAUUCUGUCUGCAGGACGAGAAAACAGAGUUUGUUAUCAAAGCGAGGAAGCCGCAGCAAACGUGCAAACCUAAAUUUAAGUUAAAGAGGUAUUUUCUGAUCUUUUUAGGGGUGCAGAACUCAAACAGCUCGUCUUAUCAAGUUUGCUGUGGUUAUUGAUCAGAUGUGUGAUUAACUAAACGCUCUUACAUUACCUGAUUGCCUAAAGGAGGACGUCUCCUGAACAACAGCAUUAAAAGCCUCGUAGAUAUCAAAUUAGUCCAAAUUAGAAAAACAUCUCCAAGCUGGAGUGUCUGGGGAUCGAAACCCAAGAUGUGCCAGAGGUGGAAAAGCUCUCCUCACUCUCACUCCUUCUCUCCUCCUGUCAUAUUUUAUGAUAAUUAUUAUAUCAUAAACGUGUUUUAAGGCUGGAGAGGCUGAGGGAGUCGACAGAGCGGUGCGUGUGAUUAAAGACUUAUUAGGUGAGUCUAAGCGACAUUUAAACUGCGAUAACCUCGACAGUCUUUAAAGGAAAGGUCAGCAGAGAUGGCGUGAACACUUAGAUGAGAAAUCAAGCUAAAGUGAUGUUAUUUCCUUCAGAGGAGGAGCCAGCUCAGCAAUAACGCACAUUUUCAUUGACAUUAUUUGACAAUCAGGACUUUGUUUCUUGGAUUUCUCACACAGAAAGGUCAAAUAUUUGCUGCAUGAGCUGAAAAUAGCUUCCAAAAUGCAAAACUACAUCCUGCCUGCAGGUCUGACAAAGAAAAUCCUGAACUAUUAAGCCACUUAAAUCCUUUAUCAGGCAAGAAUGGGACCACAUCUCACUUUCCAAACUAGGGCUGGGCGAUAAACCAAAAAUUUACAGAUAUCAAAAUUUACGACCAUAGCCAACGUCAUUUUGCCCUUGUUAAUGUAUUCUGUAUCGAAAAAUUAAAUGAAUAAAAGUUGGUUUUGGACGUGUGUAGGUAGGCUAUGGUCUCAUGUCCCUUUAAGAUGCUGUCCUACGUCAGAGACGUGACUCCACCCCAUCCAGUCCGUAACAAAGAGGGAAAGACAGGUGAGGAGAUGGAGGACGGUUCAAAAGUUGGAGCAGCUGAAGUAGACGAAGUUAAUGUGGGAGGGGGUGAGCAGCUUGUGGAGUAGUUAUCGUCCAUUUAUCGUUAUCGAGGUGAACUGAUCAAUAUAUCGUGAUAUUAAUUUGAGGCCAUAUCGCCCAGCCCUACCGAGAGUUUCAGUCAGACUGCAGUUUGAGGCCAAAUUAGGCAGCUCAUAAAAGCACAAAAGGUUCGAUUCUGUGAAUCACGACAUUCUGAAGGACUGAUAGAUCCACAAUAUUUACUCAGUCCUUGACCAAACCAGUGCAUCCUAAAGCUGCUCAGGGGAGAGGAUCAGGGAAAGAGGAGGGAAACCAGAAUCAUGAAGCAGCAACUUAUGAAUAAUCAAAGUGUUUCAGAGACGUCUUAAAAGUGUUUGUUUAUAAAACACAGAAUUCACAAUCAAUGCAAACGCAGAUAAUUAGUGACGGCAUGUUUGUCUGAUAGAAAAGGUCAAAAUGGUUUCAAGCAAGGAUCUAAAAGAAGAUCCAAAGAAAAGUCGACUCGUGUCUCUCGUCCUCGUUUCUUCUUUCCUUCUCUUCAUGGAUCUCUAAGGAUGCAUGAAUUCAUCUGCAGCUUAAAAGAAUAAACCCUCAGACUGUCACUUGCUGCUCUUCCUUCUUCUGGUUUGAUCCAGAGUUCUCCCUCUGAGUCACAGCUAAUGAAAAGAGCCUCGCCUGGGCGGAUAUUAACCUUCCUCCACCCUCCAAACCCAUCCCCCCACCCUCCGCACCGACUGUCAGAGGAGAUGGAAAACAGAGAAAGGGGGCUGCGCCUCGUGUUAAAGGUCACGCAGCAGCGCCGCACACGGCACAUGCCCCGCCUUCAGGUCCUUUUUGUAGCCGCGUGUUGUGACAGUGUCCAAUCUUGCGGCUGAUUGAUGACCGUUAGAAAAUUCUGCCUCUUCACCGAGAGGUCAGAGGUCAUGAUCAGACGCAUAACAGCCUCUCUGGUACAGGAAGGAUUUACAGUGAAGGACGGAUCCUUGUCUCGGUCAAAGCAGCUGUUUGGGUUCAAGGGAAGUCUCCUCAGCUGCAUAUGGAGGUCUUGGGGGUCCACAUCCACACGUCCCAGCAGUGUACGUACAUGAAAGUGAUCAGCACCUCCACAGAUGACGGUAUUGGAUGAUCAGAACAGGAUACUCGUCCCCUGAUUACACCUCUGCUUUCAUUUUCUCUCCAAGGUAUUGUUCCACUUUGCUAAACUCUUUUAUUUUCAAUCGAAGGAGAGUUUACUCUACCCUCGACAUUCACACACACGGACUCAUUCAGAAACUGGAGAGCAGCCAGUGUAAUCACAGGCUCCCGAGAACUUGAGAGAGCUUCGAAGUUUAUAACCCGCUUAAGAAAGACGUGAAGAAGUUUCGAGUUUUUCUGAAAAGAGCUGUCAGAAGGAGGGAAAUCUCAAAGUGCAUCAGCUGUGGUCUCCUCUGGAGGUCGAGGUUUUAUAAAUCCAGCUCGUUUCACAGCUUCUCACCAGUUUUUCGAUGAUUUAUCACAAACAGAUGUGAAGGGCCAGAUGCUUGAUAACUUCAUUCCCUCAAAGCUCCUGUGAGGAGCUCUCAGCUGGUUAUGAAACACUGUGAUUGGUGUUGAUGUGUCUUUAGGAGCAAAACAAGAGCAACCAGAGUGAGCUCGCACUUUCAGACGGUCAUUAUAAACUCCGAUCGAUGUGGAAUAGAAGUUUAGGAGUGUGAGGUACUGAUGUAUCUUCAACAUGUCGUGCUAUAGCAGUACAAACGAAUGUGAAGCUGCAGAGGAGAGGGGAGAGGAAGUAGGUGUGUGCGUCUGAAAAGCAAAGGGGCGGAGCAUGAGGGUCAUCACAUUUAACUAUCGUAAUCUAUCAUCAUUCAUAUGAAAGACCAUGAAGGCCUUUAGGGACUUUAUCUCAGUAGGAGGUAGUUAGACGGAUGAAUUUGUUCAAAUAAACCAGAACCAACUCAGACAGCUUCAGGAUGUGUACUAACUCUAACCCCCAAUUUACACCGCAUCCAGAAUGGCCAAUCAUAGCUGAUCGUAACCAUUCAAGUUGAUGUGUCAAUUUCCACCGGCGUCCUUCCAUUCCGCUGCGGAUCCGAUAUUUGAUAUCGGUAACGUACCCGAUACUGAAGAAAAUUCUGGAUCAGGUAUCGUGACAAUGGGCCCGAUGCUUAGGGGCCAGUCUAUUCAGUCUAACUUUAUGCUAUGCGCAGUGAGUAUCAUCCACAAGUAAACACGCUGAGUGGAUGCCCACAAUGUUUUCAAAAUGGAGCGAGUAAAAGGGGUCUGCUGUCUUGAACUUUAUCACAAUACCUUAACCUACAAGCUCAACAGCCACUUGCAAUACCAACGCAGUAAACGUUCUGAGGGGCGGUGGUAAAACUUCAAGUUACAACUGAAGGUAAUCCAGCGCAGCUUUUCUACAUCUGAAUUUGAUCGGUAUCGGCCGAUACUAAACUGUAGAUAUCUGUAUCGGUACUGGAGGUGAAAAAAGCAGAUCGGUGCAUCCCUACUAACUCUAGUUCUGAUUUGUCUCGGGUACCGUUUAGAGUUCAAGCACUGAGGUAGAUUUUCCGCCCAGUCUGGCAGACGCUCAGGUUUUUAGGGUGGAGAAAAUCUCCUGUCCCUCCAGAGAGGAUCCUUCUGCUUCUGUUUAAAGUGAUUCACUUUAAAUGAGAGGAUUCAGGUGCAGCAUGACCGCCUUAUAAACACAACAGAGCUGCUCUCCUCUGUUCCCUCUGUGUGUCAUGUGGUCUGGUGCCAUGUGCUCUGAGUUUCUCCCCCUCCCCCCUCAGCACAGUGACCUGUCCUCCUCCUCCUCUCCUCUUCCUCCUCCUCCUCCUCCUCUCAUGAGGUGGCCUCUCUCCUUCACAGUCAGUGGGCGCCCGUGGCCGUGUAGCGACCUUUACGUCCUCUUUAGCACUGAUUGGUAAAGGCUGCCCUCUUUCUCCUCUCCGGCCUUACACUGAAACAUGGGUGCUCAGUGGGGGGUGACAGAUGCCGUUAGUCACCAUCAGCAGCGUGAUGGUCAGCAGCUUCACUGUGUCUUCUCUCGACUGUACAGAAACCGCCCUGAUUUUUAGAUCACUUUUAGAGCAGCUAGCUAACGGUUUCUAGUUACAACAAAAGCUCGUAUGGAUUCAAGCGACUUAAAAUACUCUUCAUACUCUUCCCCAGUAAACAACACGAGUUAACUACCUAUAAUAAGGGAAAGACAUCAGGGCAGAAAGAGGCUUUGCUGGCUUUGUUCUGCUGAUUUGCUAAAAAUUACUCGAGUCUCUUAAUAUGAUCAGACCGGUACGUCCUGUGCCGACAUGGUGCGGUUUGGUUUCGCUCCAAGGCUGCUAAGAGUCCCUGACCCUGUCCUGCAGCAGGUGGUACAUCUCAUCCUCGACUAAAACUUAUUUAAGCACAAAUAAAGUUGCAGAUUCAGGAUCUCAGGGUGAGUCUGGAGCAGCAGAGAUGUGAGGACUCAGAGCUCUCAGGGGAACAGAAAGUGAAAGUUCGACCUGGCAUUGUUAACAGUUUUAGCACCACCUGUUCGCUACUUCCUCCAGUAACUCGACGUUUUAUUCCAAAUUAAGUCUCAUUGUAAGUCGGUCCAAGGAAAUGUCAUCAUACUUCAUAGUUGAGACGAGGGAAACACGCCGCAGUACAGGCCUGCUUUGAGUACGCCGUUAUAAGAGUAUGACUGUUGCAUGUGAAAGAAACUUACACUAAAACAUGGGCGCUCAGUGGGGGGUGACAGAUGCUGUUAGUCACCAUCAGCAGCGUGAUGGUCAGCAGCUUCACUGUGUCUUCUCUCGACUGUACAGAAACCGCCCUGAUUUUUAGAUCACUUUUAGAGCAGCUAGCUAACGGUUUCUAGUUACAACAAAAGCUCGUAUGGAUUCAAGCGACUUAAAAUACUCUUCAUACUCUUCCCCAGUAAACAACACGAGUUAACUACCUAUUAUAAGGGAAAGACAUCAGGGCAGAAAGAGGCUUUGCUGGCUUUGUUCUGCUGAUUUGCUAAAAAUUACUCGAGUCUCUUAAUAUGAUCAGACCGGUACGUCCUGUGCCGACAUGGUGCGGUUUGGUUUCGCUCCAAGGCUGCUAAGAGUCCCCGACCCUGUCCUGCAGCAGGUGGUACAUCUCAUCCUCGACUAAAACGUAUUUAAGCACAAAUAAAGUUGCAGAUUCAGGAUCUCAGGGUGAGUCUGGAGCAGCAGAGAUGUGAGGACUCGGAGCUCUUAGGGGAACAGAAAGUGAAAGUUUGACCUGGCAUUGUUGAGAGUUUUAGCACCACCUGUUUGCUACUUCCUCCAGUAACUUGAUGUUUUAUUCCAAAUAAAGUCUCAUUGUAAGUCAGUCCAAGGAAAUGUCAUCAUACUUCAUACUUGAGAUGAAGGAAACACGCCGCAGUACAGGCCUGCUUUGAGUACGCCGUUAUAAGAGUAUGACUGUUGCAUGUGAAAGAAACUUACACUAAAACAUGGGCGCUCAGUGGGGGGUGACAGAUGCUGUUAGUCACCAUCAGCGUGAUGGUCAGCAGCUUCAUUGUGUCUUCUCUUCACUGUUCAGAAACCGCCCUGAUUUUUUAAGAUCACUUUCAGAUGAAGGCAGAGGAUUUCAGAGGAUGACCCGAUGUUUAUUCAAGUUAGAUUUCUCGCUUGCUCACAUUUCCUCUUCAGAUCCACCCUUUUUUCUGUCGGCUUGCGUUUUCUUCCCACUUUUGGCGGUGGGGCGAGCAGAAGUGGGUUUUUUUGCGUCCUUCUCCAUCACAGCUCCUGUAGCUAAGCUGCUACGCUACUUUUAGCCGCUCAGAGCUUCGAGGAGGGCCGGGAGAGUGGGAGGGGACGAGUCGGAACUACGGGAGAGGGGUGUGUCCAAUACAGAGAGGUGAUUGGAUGGAGAGGCGGAGCAGGAGAUGGACCAAUAGGAGCUGUCCAGGAUGGAUGGCUCCCAUUGGUCGAUGUUUUUGCAGCCCUGCACCUGCUAGAGUGAACAGAUUUUUUCCGUUCUUUUUUCUCUUUACUUUGUGGAGAUCACACUAUAGGACCAUGAUCGCCAUAGAAACGAGGUUCAUAGUAAUUACCAGUCUCUCCGAUCGUCAACCAUGCCUUUAAGAUAGGAUGCUCAACCCAUGCAGCGACUUCUACUACAGAGUCAUCUCUGUUUCUGAAGCACAGUAGUCUGAUCAGGCAUUUGCAAGAGGUUCUGCAGGAAGUGCAGGGGUGCUCGGUUAGCAAAAAUAUCCGUGAAAUUGUGGUUUACACAGAAGUCAUAGAGGUCGUGGGUUCCUCUUAUUGGGUGUCUUCACAUUCAACCCAAUAAAAAUCCGGUUAGGCAGCACCAGAGGAGCAGAGUGAACCAUGAACCUCACACGCUGUAGAGUCAGAUGCAGGAAAAAGACGCUGAACGUCUUUCUGUUUACCGCGGGUCAUGCUGUGUGUGCACUGCAGCGUAUUCGUGCCCGUAAUGAAAUCAAAGAGUCACAUGCAGGUGAUGUAUGGAUAAUAUAUGGCCUGUCACGGGUCCAAGCCGGGUGCACACACACGCGCACACACACAUCCACAAGGCCAUUUAGCAAGGCAACAAGAUUUAACGUCCGAGUCUUCACUUGCAUGCCUGCCAAAGCGGAGAACUACAUAAAAAUGAAAUUACCAAAAGAAAGAGAAGAAAGAAAAGUGCCAGAGCAGCAGAUUCUCCUGGCAUGCACACACACACACAUAUCCUCUCUCUCUCUCUCUCUCUUUCUCUGUCCGUCUUCUGAGUAACAGCUGGGCUUCUUAGGUAAAUUGAAUCAGCAGCUCCCCGCUCGGUCGGGCUCUUGUGUGGCCCCUGGCGUGGAAACUCAAGCUAUCGGAUUGAUUUUUGACUCUCUGGCAGGCCUCCUUAUUCAGCCCGGGAUUGUCUGACUAGCCGACUGGAUCGAGCAGCUGAGAGCGGACUGGGAGGUGCUAACUGGCCCCCCAGUCUGAUUUAGCUCCGCUUAUGCGUGAACUCUGCCCCCUGCAGUGCGUGCGGUGAGUCUGCGCUGUCACUCGCUGUCUGUCUGUGUGUUUAAAACUCUAUAUGUGAGCGUCAUCUGGGAGUUCGGCUUAUGUAACCUCCAUCGUCUCUUAUCCCCGCGGGUCUGCUUCGGAGACGAGUAGAAAUCGAGGUCAGUCCAGCUCCUCUUAAUCGCUUCUACCAGCGCACACACACACACACACACACACACACUUCCCCAGUUGUGCUCACACACAUCCUCGUGGAUCUUUCUUGAGCUAUUUUCUGCCUGACUUCAGGUCCUGCCCUCGACCCUGCCCUCCAUCUAAGCCUUCAGACUCAGAGGACUAUUUCACCAAAAUCCAGCCUCUGGUUCAGAGACUGUUUGUCAGCCUGCGGGGAAGCAGGUCAGACACCCGGGCAGACUGCAUCGCUGUGAUUAGCCUGCCAGCCUCUUACUCACGGGUGACUGAUGUUACACCAGCAGAGAGUCUGACAUCUCCUCUGUUUGUCCUAAAUACUUUUUAGAGGGAGCGCACAGACUUAAAUAAACUUCCAGAGGUGGGCGGGGCUAAGAGUUAUACACCUGUGCCUUCCUGACCGGGACUUCACCUGUCUUACAUCAGAGCGGCUAAUGCUCUCUAAGCUGCACAGAGCCUCAAUAGACAACCUUUGUAGUUUGAUUGAUUAUUGAAUGUGGUUCAAAAGAAGCUGAAUAUUUUAUAGUUUUAAUUGAUUAAAUUGGAAUUGAUUGAAUACGUCAUUAAAUAAAUGCGAUAUAUUUGACAGGUUUGAAUAAUUUUCUCUGAAAAAUGCAAAAACUUUCCAUUUGACCUCUCUAUUUAACGUUUACUUCUGUAUCUGUGUGAUGAUUCAACUUUAUCUUGUUUUUGAAAUAUUAAUAGAUAUUUUUCCAAACUCUCUCACUGUAACCAUUAAAUGAAACUAUGUGUUUAAGGAAAUGAUAAUCAAAUUGAAUAAUUAUAAUGUAGGACUGUCACUAUACCUGAUUUUCACCUCAGGGUUAUUUUCAUAUUGAUGGAAAACUUGCUACACAUGAGUUAUAUUUCAUCAUCAGUUUUUGUUAAAUAUUCAAAUUUAUAGUUUAUCAUGACCCAAACUACUUUAGAGAGGAUGUUUUAUCAUUUUACAUGUAUCAAUCAUACUUUUAUUUUGAUAGUUUUUCUGUCUUGGCGUUAUAUCCUGCAUUGUCAAACUAUUGGGAUUUUUCUGUGGGACUAAUAAAGGAAUAUCUUACCUUAUGCUUUUAUUUUGAAGUAUACUACUUCCUGUAGACUCUUGCUAGCAGUCUGCUAAUUCCUUCUUCGUCUAUCCCGUUUUUUUAACAUGACUACAAGCGUAAAGGAAAAAGAUGGUUAUCGUCGAUAACAAGGAACUGCACAAACCCCGAAACUUCCAACCAGUUAAAUAACUAAUGGCUAAUGAUAGCAGAGCUAGCACCACCAGCCUUUGUUUGUUCUCGCAGGUAAUAUUUUCUACAGAUCUUAUUUGUCAUCUGUUCUUCCUUACAUCCAGAUAGUAGAUAUGUAAUGACAGUGUAAUGAUAUAUGCUGGUCUGAAAACAACCGUGGGCUUACACAGGUAAAGCAAAUCCAAAGUGUAGACCAGACGCAUCUGCAUCACAUGGAGUGAAUCCACUACGUUGGAAAGCUGCACAUGCUCAGUUAAAGAGCUGAAAGAUAUUUCGUUAUCGUAUCUAUAUUGGUAUAUGAACAUUCAAGAUAUAAACAUCAUAAAAUUGACGAUAUCAAUGAUAUAGAUUUCCCCUGAGCUCUAAUCAAUGCACUUUCUACAUCCUUUUGUAUUAUGAGGUUUUUAUUUUCCUUAAAAAUGCGUUAUUUUCACUGAACCCAGAGUUAUAUCAUAUCGUAUCGGUAUUGAAAGAGAUAUGAAACUUUGUUCAUAUUGUUCAGUCUAACUCAGUUUGACAAUAGUAGCCUUGCAUUUCAAAAUUUUGAGUUCACAGUGUUUUAUAAGCGGCAUAUCAGUGGACUAUUAGUUUCAGGUUUAAUACACCCAGCGCGCUGCAAAGAUGGUAAACACAAAGACAGUGCUCUCUUUCUUUUGUUGGUCGUUUGAGACAAAUUCAAGUUGACCUAAUUUCAAACUGAGUUAGAUUGUGUUAAAAUGCUCUCUAUCUAGUCACAGCUUUAACUUUAAGAGAGAAAGUCCUGACUCCUCCCUUUUUUGUCUUUUUAUUAUGCAUUUUAAAUUAAAUAUCAACGGUAUUCAACAAACUUUAUAUAACCUAAACUGUGGACCAAAGCUGCCUGCUGGUGUCCCAUUACUGAUGAUGACCUUGUGAGCCUUUUGGUUGCGGCCUGACCCCGCUCUGCUCUGACUGACACGUAUGAGGUAAAGCCCUGUAAUGUCAGUGUACAAACAGCGGCGGCACACAGUAAAUCAUCCAUGAUAGAUUAGUGUUUAAAGCCCUUUAAUCCAGGUGUGAGCUGGUAUGGAUGGCCUUUUGACAGGAGAUUAGAGCGUCUACAGUAAAUGUAUGUAUAUAUGUGUGUGUACUGAUGCGUCAGAUUAAUGCAUGUACUUUAGUAUUAAAUUAAAUUAAGCUGAGCCACACAGCGUGCGCUCGUCUCUGCAGAGAAGACGAGGAAACGCCCUGACAGAGUGGUUGUACGAGUGUUUCAGAGAGUGUGUAGGAAAAGUGUGUGUGAGUGGGAGGGAGUUUAUUAGUGAGUAUGACAGUGCAGGUUAUAUGAUUGACUGCAUGGCGGGCUCAUCCCUCACACACUCACUCGUACAUGCUCUCUCUCUCUCUUGCUAUGACAGGCAGCAGGCUUUUAGCUACUUGUUGUGUUGAAGUGAGUACUUGUGUUUCUCCUCCCCUGCAUGUUACAAAAAAAAAACUGGACUGGCAGCAGCAGCCUGGUGCUGUUAGUGAUGUUCUUGUUUCCUCAACAUGGAUCAGAACUGAGCGAGUGACAAACAAGACAGGAGUCGGACCAUUAAGGCAGAAACAUUUACACUUAGAGCCGCAGCGCUGUGACUCAGCCUGUAUUUGUCCCUGUCAGACUCCAUCAGUUUCAGGUGGUUUACCUGUGCAGCACAAAGUGACAUGAUAAAUCCACACUAGAGAGAGUGAGGCGAUAGUUUCCAUUAAUACUUGGAGAAUCAAAAGCUUUGGAUAUGGAGACACUCAGUUUGUUUAUCCCCAUAGUUAAAGCUUGAAUAGGCAAUUUAUCUUGACUACAAACUACUGAGUGAACUUCAGACACGCUCACUUGCAUCUCAAGUGUAAAAAGAAUUAGUCUGUAAGUGAUUGUCAUAUCAUAACAACACGUGUAUAAAGGCAACGGCUGAAGUUCCGUGUGAUGUUCUCCAUGAUACUGUUGCUAGGAUACAGACUCAACAUCCUGAGGCACUAACACCUAACACUUUAGUGGACCAAAAAUCCAACAGUGGUGGUCGACUGUUCCUCUCUCCUUGCUAAGUUCUUCUAUCGUACUGUGUUGUGUUGCUCGAUUCUGAUUGGUCGAAUCCCCAUAACAGCGAUGAUUAAUGCUUAUUUUCUCGCUUCCUUGUACGAAUAUAUCAGCUCUGACUUCUGAGGUAACUCAAACGCAGCAUAAUUCACAACAGCAGGGGCGUUGCCGGGGACAACCUGUCCACAUAUGACAGAAACGAGCCCAAAUCAUCUAAUCUCAGCCUGUUGACACUGUGGCAAAAAUAUCGGCGUGCGCUAGGAUGUGUUUAGUGACGGAAAACAGGAAGUGAGCGCGCUGUCAUUUUGAACCCCCCUAUUUUCUCUCUAUGUCACUUCCUUCUGAUACUGAGCCAAAAGAUCGCUGUGUGUGUUUGUGUGUGUGUGUGUGUGUGUGUGUGUGUGUGUGUGUGUGUGUGUGUGUGUGUGUGUGUGUUAGUGAAGAGAGAUCUGGCUUGUUUCAUUGCACACAUGACAGCGUCAGAUUACUGAUUAGCCUGUGUUAUGAGUAUAUGUGGGUCAGAGUUGUGUUUAUGCUGUACGUCUGUGUAUACAUGAGUGUGUGUGUGUGUGUGUGUGUGAGAGAGAGAGAGAGAGUAAAUUCCACACAGCAGCGUGUGACCCAGUUGUUGUCAGGGAGAUUUAAAUCCUGCUGAUCUCACAUUUGUCACACAUACACACAGAUGCAGAUGUAGGUGUGUGUGUGUGUGUGUGUGUGUGUGUGUGUGUGUGUGUGUGUGUGCGCUCGCGCAGUGCGAGUCAGGUAGUGAUAAGUCAGAGUGGCAGGUGAACACCAAAGAUGUUCCCGGUGUGUGGAUGACUUCUGACAAGCUCUCAGGCUGCAAAACCCCAACUGUGCUUUUCAGUAUAGAGCUUCAUACAAAAGCACGCUCUCUUUUGUUUUGCAAAGAGGGGGUCAGAGGUCAAAGGGCAAGUCUCAGGCAGAGAAAUCCCCCACAAUUGUAGCAGCAAACACAAAAGUCACCUAAGUAAAUAUGGAAGAUUUUAGGUCGAAGGCGUGCUAACUAAAUAGACACUUGUUGAACAUGUAAGGGUUCGAUUACAUAAUUCAGUCCUGUUCUUACCCUGUAGGGCUUUUAAUAAGAGGAUUGUAAUAGUAGCAGGAUGUAGCUUUAGAUAUUUACUUAAAGCUCCUGUGAGGAGUUUUAAGUUUGUUAUGAAACAGAUUGUAAUUAAUAUUGAUGCUUCAGUACCACCUACAAAAGCAAACAAAACCCUCAGUGAAAUGCUGCCGACCUCUGUAGGGUCAUUUUUGUUGUUUAAAACUGUAGGUGUCACACUGAUCAGCCUGUUUUAAUGGUAGAUACUUGAGAAGAAAUACAUUCAGUCAUUGAGGGGAAACAGGAUAUCAUCAAAGUCAUGAUACUUGAUGUUGAGGUUUGUUUAUGGCUCCUCAGACCGCUGUGUAUUGCUAUCCUGCAGUCGUUACUAAAGUUGGUAUAACUAGAGAAGCAAGCGGUCGACAACAUUCAUCUCUGGAGGGGGUGCCUAACUCGGUGUUAUGGUGUGUUUGACCCUAAAUUAAUUUUACGCCGGUAUACCCUUUUAAAAUCUUGAUGGGUGGAAACCGCAGUUCCUUGAAUGUCCACUUGAGGCUGGCUCUAAAACUAGGGAACCACAAACACACCCAUUCAAAACCGCCUAUCUUCACUGCAGGUAUAAACACAUUUACAGCCUGUUAGAAAACCCCGCUUUAGCUCAUUUCACUAUCGGCACACCUGGGCUUUGGGUGAAUUUUGAAAUGACUAUGAAUACAGUUACGAGUUUAGCCUGAUUAGACAUAGAACCGGGCGAUUAAUUGAAUUUCUAUCAUGAUUUCUAUCGUACGGUUAUAAAAACAUGAUAAUUGAGACUUAACGAUACUGUGUUGCCUGGUUAUGUCCUGUUGGCCCUGCCCCUCAAACAGAUCUCACUUGAACCCUAUCGUAGGUAGCUAUGAUCGAUGCGGAACAAAGAAAGUUGCGUAUCAAGGGACACAUCCUGUCCCUUGAAAAGCCAAGGGACAGGAUGUGUGUGCAUGAGCCUAUAGGAGCUGUCGACUGCCUGCAGUUUCCAAGUUGGCCUCCAAAACAGAUUGUAAACUAUAACAGGUGACAUUACUGAGACUUUGUACGUACGACCACAAAAGCAAAUUGCAAUAUUGUUGGUGAAUGACAUCUGUCUGUUUGUGUUCUGUGUUGGUCAGACUUAAAAACUUGAUCUUGAUAUCUAAAUCAGCAGCUCUGGGAUCUGUAGAUUCUUUGUGACUAACCGAGCUUUCUUACAGUCAUUUACGCUGCAGAUACCUGCUAUGUUUACCUGUUUCAUUUACGAGAAGUAGCACUUUGUACUGUUUCCUCUCUCUACCUGAAAUGUAGAGCUGUUUCACUUUUACUCGCUGUUACGAUGAAGUGAAACUGAAAACUGCAGGGCAACACAAACCUCCUCUUUAUCCUCCUCUUUCACAUAGAAACACUUGAACCCGACACCAGAAUUCAACUCUUAAUUAGAGUUACCUUUUCAACUCCAGACUUAAUGAGACUGGAGGAUCUUCUCUCAAAGUCUUAAUCCAUACCUCCUCACUCAUUAGUGUUUCUGACUCACUGAUGAACUCCACUCGGUUUAACACAUGACGAUGUAGAGCUGAGGUGCACAUCAUUGGUUUUUCCAGGCAGCUGUAGCAGGACUGAGAUCAGAGCCGAGAAGGUUAUGCAAUACCCCGGUGUACCGCCACCCCCCCUGUAGAUCCUGACUCAUUACGCACUCUCGCACACAAACACAAACACACACACACGUACUCAGAAAGAUUCAGCAUGCCAGAAUAGUCAUAAAUCUGAUGUUUGUUAUCAGUCUUUAAAUAGACGGAUCUUCGCCUGAAUAUGUCAGUGAAUCAUUGUUCGAGUUAGAAGGCGAAGAGACAGCCAGAACCUCUGUUAUGAAAAUUCAAUCAAUAGAAAGUUUUAAAUCUCUAUAGUACGAUAAAACUCUGAAAAAUCAGCUCAUCGUGAAUUUCACCAGAAAAUCGACCUGUUUGAACUUUCUGGAAACAGAUGCUGGAGAGCUCUCAGGACUCGUUAUGAAACCAAAAUUAUUACAGAUGCUUCUCAAUGAGAAAGAAAAGGUGGUCAUCUUGAUUCACUGUUUGUGUAGGUUUGACUGUUGGAGUUCUAUAUAUUUUAGCAGAAGCCGACCAAGGUUCAGUUUAGGAAAUUUUGUCAUGUUAACAAAAUUUAUAUUCUGACUAAAAAACUGGUUCAAAGGUGAAAAAAAUCCCCAAACAGUCAAAAAUGAGUCCAAAUUAACAUGACUGUUGGUGCCGCUUAUGAAUUGGUUGGAUGUUUGGUUGGAUUUGAGCGCCUCUUUCUCAACUUCAUGUCCUGGAUUUAAGAUUCAAAUGUGAUCACAGUUCUUGGUUUUGUAUUUGACUGACUCAGCAGCACCUAAAUAAGUCCCUCUCUUGUUUGACACGCUUGCUCGCGGUGAUGUCAGUGGUUUCACAGGUGUAGCGUCGCCGCGUUAGUCACACAGGCUAUAGUCGGCGGUACUUGCAGUAAACGGGAGCUUUGGGGGAAUUACAUCAGCCGCGGUGUUUUACCUCCUCCUGUCACCUGUAAGCGACCUCAUGAUGUCUGAGAAGUUCAGAGUUAGACCUUCGCAGCCCCUGAAUUCAUCUCUGGAGGUUAUUUUUGGAAGUACGAAAACACAACCUGAGAAACGAACGUCUUUUAUGGUCACUGUUAGAGUUUUAGGUCUCAUUAAAAGUGGCCGUGCUGUAUGUUUUUCCUGCAUGAGUUUCUACCUCUUGAAUGUUUAAUGAAGUCAUGAAAUUUUUAUUUUGUUUGAGUGGUGAAGAGUUAUUGCUGUUCCAAAUAUUACAUGAAUUUUAAAGUAAGUCUCCAAGUCUGACGGUAGAAACUGGUGCAGACGACUUACAUCAUCUGAGAGCUGGUUUACUGGGGCAGAAAAAGACUUUUUUUAUUAUUACUGUUAAUGGGAUAUUUUACAAUCAGUGUUUGCUCUCCAAAACACAGAGCAGGAGCUGUGUCUGCAGGUAAAUGUGGGAUUGAAACAGAGAUACUUUAAAGCUCAGAAUUGGACAAAGUUUUUGUUUGAAGAUGCUUAGAGAUUAGUUGGUAGAUUUUUGAUUUUCAAGACAUUAAUCAAGCAGAUCAUUUUUGAUUAUCUGUCGUCUAUUUCAUGACAAAAAGUCAACCACAAGAUGAGCCAACAAGGGCCUAAAGUCCAAAGCGGAAAGCAGAAAAUCUAAAGCUGAAAAGAUCAGGCAGAAAACAAGUUACAGAUUUGAGGUUUUUUGAGUCGCAGACGACAGAAGGACAGAGACGAGACAGCAAAUAAAAAACAGAAGUAUGGCAGCAGAGUCGGAGUGGAAAUGAAGCCGUACUUGCAGCGCUGGGCUGAUUUAAGGAAAUGUGAAGCAGGUGAGUGAGCGGAAAGGUCAGGGGGGCUGAGCCUGAAGGGAGCGAGGUUACAUCAGGGCAGGAGGAUCGGCUUCAGGAAGUGGAAAUGUGAUGAAGGAAGCGAUCAAAAAAAACGAACAAUUCGUUCACAAAUGAAGCUCAAACUGGCUAAAAUUGACAAAGAGUAGGGACAAAGUAACAGCGACUGAGAAACAGCUAGAAAAAAACUAUUUUAUUUUAAAGCCCAUCAGUUAACACGUUAUAGAAAAUUAAAGCUCCAGUCAGAAAUUUUUAAAUUAUUACGAAAAAGACUGAAUUUAACGCUGAUCGUCAGUUUAAGUGAUUAAAACUUUAAUUCAGUUUUAUGUCGCAGAGUUUUGAGUGUUAGAAGAAGGCAGGAUGAGCUGUUUUAUAAACUAAAGAAAGGGGGCGGAGUCUACUGAUUAGGUCACUAUGCAUAGAGGCGGGGCUAGAGUCCCCAACCUGCGAGUCUCUUAUCCUCCCUGAGGAAAAAAAACAAAAAUAUAAACUAUUCGCUAGAGGUGGGAGAAAAAAAUCGAUUCACACAAGUAUCACUAUUGAUGAGAUGUACCGCUUGGUCUCCACAGGAGGGCGCCAGAAUCAACACAAAGAUUCCUCAGAGGAGCUUUAACCCGAUAUUAAAAGCCAUAUCCAGGUCCGAACACUAAAUGUUUUUUCUUUUAAACUGAAUGACAGACUCGUUAGACACUAGUCGCCACCAGCAUCCAAUUAAAUCUCGGCGCUUUCACUCACCGUGGAUCGUAGUCCAGCCUGAGAAUGUCAGGAUCGGAGGCCCUUCAGGUUUUCAAUAGUUCCUGCUAUUGUGCGCCGAGGGCCCUGACCCUGCAAUCAGAGAGAGAGAGAGAAAGAGAGAGGUCUGAUUGAGCACCUGGGCUGCACAGGAAGCAGCUGGAGAGUCCUGAUUACUCCAAACACACACACACAAAUACACACACUUGUAUAUAUACAGUGUACACACACACACAAUCCCUGAAACAUGCAAAGCUUCAGCGACGAACAAAGGAGAGUUUUAAAGAUUCACAGUUGUUAUUAAUGAGACAUGCUCACUGAAGUAUUAUCUUCCUUUGUUAACACACACACACACACACACACACACACAGCAGAUGCUCUGUCUCUCUCCAGGGAGGAGGAAGAGGAGGGGGAGUCCCUGCUCUCUGACUUACAUUACUGGCUGCAACUGGAGGGGCUUUCCUGCAUGUUUGUGUGUUUGUGCGUUUGUGUGUGUGUGUGUUGUUUGUGUGUGUGUGUAGCGGGUGCAUUUAUAGCCCUGCAGUGCAGUGCAUGUCCAGAGUGUUUUCUUUUUUCUGUUUGGCUGGAUGGAGCAGAGGUGUGCAUGGAAAGCCAGAGAACUGAGCGACCACAGCCCUCCUCGCCUCCUGUCUGCGCGGAUGACGCAGCCUCGCUCUUACCUCAUGAUGUCGACUUCUAACAGACACCUCAGCAACAUGAGUCAGACCUUUCAGACUUAACAGUUUCCAGUCCUGCAACCAGGGCGGGUUUUACACGCAUGUAGCCGUUUUAUAACCUGGUAGGGCGCUCAGACGCAGUGGCACGUUAACUGCUGUAAUUUACCGUACAACCAAAUAACACAAUAGAAACGGUGGCGUUAUGUAAAAGGCUUUUAUUACUACGGUUAUUUGUGGUGCGUUUUAUACCUGGUGAUCAAAUUUGAUGGCUGAUUUAUUUUAUGCACAAAAAUGAAGUCGUUGUUCUUCUCCCGCUGUUAAUCACGACUAAAGGGAUGGUUGGUUGAGGGCGGGGUUUAAAAUCAGCUGACUUUGCAGAAUAAAAGGACCAGUAACCCAGAAACUAGAAUCUAUGUGAUCAUGGCUCCUUGAGGUAAAAAGUUGGAAAAGACCAGUUUUUUUUUUAAAGAAAAGAUGGUUUUUGAGAAGUACAAGUUAGCUUUUAUUUAAAAGUAAAAUUUUAUCAAGGUUGCUCUAAACUUUGAGAAAAAUUUUAUUGAGGAUUUUGGACUUUUGACUGAAAAGCAGAAUAUUUAUUGGGUUUAAAGACCCACUGUGAUGAAAAUCAUGUUUUUUACAUAUGACACUUUUCUGAUGCUACAGGACAUAUCAUGAAAAAACUAAGUGUGAAGUUUCAUUUCUGAGUAUUUCUGUGAAUCUCUGGCAGACCCAAACGGCAGGUUCAGAUUCAGUGAGAUUUCUUACAUCACAAAUCCAAGCUCCGCCCCCAGAGCCCCACUAUGCAGGCUACACUCGGAAAAGUAGAGAGGACGAUCACAGAACAAGCAUAUGCGUUAGCGGAUUCCAAUUCCCGUAAGAAAGCUGAUUAUGAUAUUAACUUUAAUCAUGUCCCUUAAGACGUUAGUGUCCGAAAGCUGAAUUGCUCCUAUGUUACCUGCUACUUCUACAACACCGGCAAUGUUAGGCUACAAGCUAGCGUGAAGAGGAGUGUGCAGAGCAGCGCUGUCUCCGCCUACGAUUCAGAGGCGAAUUACUCAUGAGCUACUGGAGCAAUUACUCAUGAGCUACCAAAAGCAAAGUAGUAAAAAGGUAGUAAUUGGGUGUAUAAACUCUGACUGACAAAAUUGAAUGCAACAUACUCAACAUUUUCUUUAUGUGACUAACACCAGCAGAGCUAGCACCACCAGACUCCUGUCCUCCUUGUCUUUGCUUGUUAUGCGUGGCUCAGCCUACAUACAUCAACAAACCUCAUCAGUCUGUAAGAGGCCGUCUGUCACAUGUGCAUGUUUACAAAUGUGUGCCUGUCCCUUUAAGGGGGCGGACCCUCUCUGCAGCUGCUCACCGCGUUAAAGUCUAGUCACAUCUCGUAGCAGACAGACAGCUAUGGUGAUGUACGCUCUUGUGUUUGGUGUGCCGCUCACAUAAACACACACAAACACACACACAAACACACACACAGUGGGGUAAUUGUCUGUUAGGGGCUUGGCAGACGUCCCAUGCUGCACAGCUGCACCGGGUCAAUAUACACACACACCGACACACACUUCUACACACUGGAGUUGAGGUGUUGUCAGGCUGUCUGAUGUUUUGCUCACUCGUCUUUCUUCAGUCAGGACUUUUCCAUGAUGCACCGUCAACAGCAGAGUUUCAUUCACGUCCAUUAUGAUAAAUGUUGACUCAGCUGGUGCGGGUCGUCAUCGAGUCCUUAGUUAAUGAUCAGCGGUGAUGAUGCAGUCACUUUUAUUAUUAGUUAGUGGUGCAAAGCAGAGCUGAUUGAAAGUCUGCCAAUGCCGAGUUAGACAUUAAGAUGGCGGAGUUAGUUUGUCAGGAAGUCUGAACUGAAAUGUUCCGACAACGAGACAUUCAGGUUACCCAAUCACUGAAUAAUCAUCUGACCUGAGUCCAGCAUGACACAUUUUUACACAACAAUUAACAAAUAUGGAGCUUUUAUUACUGGUCAGAUCCACAUUUACCUCCUAUGACCACUUAGCUAUGUUGUUUCGGGUUAAAGGUCAAGCUAGGGCUGCAGGAGGGCCAGUUUAGUACCUGGACUCUACUACUACUGAGCCAGGCUGUUGUCGAACCUGCAUAAGGUGGUUUGUAUGAGGUACCAAAAAUGAAAUAAUUGAACACAAAUAAAUAAAUGCAGAAAUAAAUAUCUAAAUUAAUGAAUAAAUAUCAAAGUCUAUAAACAAAUGUAGAAAUUAAUAUCUAAAUUGAUUAUUAAACCUAAACAAAUAAACAAAGCAAAAGUAAAUAUAAAAAUUAAUAAACAUAUAUCUACAUAACUAAAAAGUACAGGAAUGACUAUCUAGAUUAAUAAAUAAAUACCCAAAUAAAUAGAUAGUGGGAAUAAAUAUAAAAAUUAAUUAAUAAAUUCCUAGAUAAAGAAAUAAAUGCAGAAAUAAAUAUAUAAAUUAAUAAACAAAUAUCUACAUAAAUAAAUAAAUGCAGGAAUAAAUAUAAAAAUUAAUGAAUUAAUACCUAAAUAAAUAAACAAAUGCAGGAAUAAAUAUUUUAACAAAUAUUAAUAUAUCUCUUAAAUAUCUCUUAAUUAUUUUUGUAUUGUAUAACUUUUUCAGUGUUUUGUUGCCUUAGUUCAAACUUUUCUGAAAUUUUCACCAAACAAUUCAUGUUUUAAACAUGUAAAUAAUAACAUGUGACUCUGCUGCACCUCUAAUGUAAUGUAAUGUAAUGUAAAGCAAACAUGCUGCUCAUGCAUUAUACAUGUCUAUGUGAUUUUACUCUCCUAAACAGAAUAUUAGACCUUAAAAACCGAUAGCUUGACUUUAUUCUCUCUCUAGCUUCCUCUCCACCUUUCCUCCUGAUGCACAGCCUCUCACCUUUGACCUGGUUAGCGGCCCAUGUGGUAAAGUCAUGGCUGUGUUGUGGUUUGUCAGAUGCACACGAUUUCCCCUCCUGCAGGGUCACGUGUCCCAAUGCGGACACAGGAGGAGUCAGAUGCUCUGCUGCUCGCUCUGAACCGUCUGCAGCCUCUGUUAUUAACCCCGUUCAGAGGUAUUAUUCGUGGUAAAUGCUCAUAUUUAAUUUUCUGUGACCGUAAACGAGAUGAAGAGGCGUGCAUUCAAUCCAGAUACACAUUUACAGAGAUGAUUCCUGCAGCAGUGACUAAACGAAUUAUGAUUUUGACCCAAUUUUUAGUCUCUUAGUCUCUCUUCACUGAGUCUAUUGUUGGUCUCUGGUUUUGCUUCUCUGUUAAAGUCGUACUGCAGGUCCCGCUUCAGUUUCAGAUUCGGCGUUUCUGAUUAAAUAAAGUCAGAGUUCAGAUGAUAAUAGCAGACAGGAUAUUAUGAACUCUGACUUUUGCUCCCACACGCUCUGCUGUGUGUCCUUUGAUUCAACAAAGAGGGAAUUUCAGCCUGCUAUUAAAAAUGUUGGUGGUGGUUUCAAUGUGUAUUUUACUUAGCUUUAAAAUCGAACGUCUCUUUUUCACACCAAAAAUGCUCAGACUUCAUAUAGUUGAUGGUUUUUGUUCUCCUGGCGUAAGUUUGAUGCUCUGUUAAAGAUUCAAAUACGAGGCCGAGGAGUUUGUUUCACUUCGUUUACAUCCACAAACAGAAAAAGACAAAAAGACGUAACACUCUCUGACAGUUUCCAGAUUCAAAGUGGAGGUAAUCCUUUUUUUUAAGUGAAGUGAUUCUGAAGUUUGGUCCUGAAGCAGAUGGAGGGUGGGAAAGGUGGAGAGGGAGGAAUGCUGAAGUCUAGACUUCCCUCCUCCUCCUCCUCCUCCUCCUCCUCACAGACAUCCAGAUGGAGGAUUAACAGUUGACUUCACACAUUGUCAGGACGAUGUGGACAGAUCUUUUACUCUUUUUGUCUAAUGACCCCCACCCCUCACACUUACACAAUCAGACACACACGAACACACAUGAAAAGUUAUGGCACACAUGUUUACAUACUGUUGAUUCGAAGGUGCCUUUUCUCUCUCCUAGUCUGCUCAGUGCUGCCACCUGUCUGUCGUCACGGUAACUGCACUCUGGCCAAGUCAGAAAAGACAGCAGUGAUUAUUAACCCUGAUUUCAGAUGCUUUUAACUCUCUUAAAUGAUGACCACCUUCUGGAAACUGUACUUACUACUAGGAGUUAAAUUCCUGACUCCAUUACCCAGAAUUCCUCUGAUCUAAUGUCAGCACAGCACCUGCUGCACUCUCUGCUGUCUGCUAACCUGAUCAGUCGGUAACUGAAUCUACAGUAAGAGGAGAGGACUGAGGUCGGAUGUUGCUGCAGUCAGCUCUCUCUCUCUCUCUCUCUCUCUCUCUCUCUCUCUCUCUCUCUCUCUCUCUCUCUCUCUCUCUCUCUCUCUCUCUCUCUCUCUCUCUCUCUCUCUCAGAGUUACAGGUUUGACUUUAAAGAAAGAGGAGGAUGACGAAAACACCUGAAAAGAGCCUAAAUCAGGCAGACAGUGUGAAUUUGCAUCAUGAGUCUUCAGUUUAAGACAAUCAAACCCUCUUUGAUUACUACGGUUUUCCUCAUGUACUGCAUAUUGAUACCACGGUUUCCUCAUCUGCUCAAACAAUUAUGUUUUUAAAUAUAAAGGGAAGCUGACUGGAUUAGAGAUAGACUGAUAAUGGGAUAAAAUCAUCAUUUCAAGGUCGAUAUCAGCAUUAUCUUCUCUUCGCAUUUAAGACGCAUUACCCAAUCCUAAAUAACGGCACAUCAAGUUUGAAACCAUCACUGGUUGGUAGGGCUGGGCGAUGAACCGCAAAUUUACCCAUACAGAAAUUUACGACAAUACCUGACGCCAUUUUGCCCAUAUCGGUAUAUUCAGUGUCAAAAUAAAUAAAUAAAUAAAUAAAAGUUGGUUUUGGAUGUGUGUAGGUAGGCUAUGGUCUCAUGUCCCUUUGGACAGGUGAGGAGAUUCAAAAGUUGGAGCAGCUGGAGCGGCGGCUGAAGUAGACGAAGUUAAUGUGGGAGGGGGUGAGCAGCUUGUGGAGUAGCUAUCGUCUGUUUAUCAUUAUCGAGGUGAACUGCUCAAUAUAUCGUGAUAUUGAAUUAAGGCUGUAUCGCCCAGCUCUACUGGACAGUGUUUAAUAUUAACUCUGUUAUAAUGUGUGGAAUAAUGCAGUGAUAAAAGGUUUUAUUUUGGUAAUAAACCCACCAAUAACAAUGUGAUAUCAGCUUAUAUAUUGGCUCUCUCAUUUAUUCCCCCUUUAAAACACCAGACUUCAUGUUUUCACCAUCACCAUCAUCAUCAUCUUCAUCAUCGUCAUCCUCUGUCCGACAUGAGAAAACAAAUCAGAGCCUCUCCAUGCAAACACAUUACACUCCUCUUUUUCUUCUCCUGCCUCUCACAUCGAUCCAGACGGGCAUCGAUCUCGGCCUCACACACACACACACACACACACACACACACACACACACACAAACACAAACACACACAGAGUUUAGCAUUCCAAGCUCCGCCUGUCUGUCUGGAGCGGUGACAAGACCGUCUCAGGAAACCACUGCAUCACUCCUGGAGGGUGACGUCAGAGUCUGUGUGUGUGUGUGUGUCUGUGUGUGUUCAUGCAUGUGUGUAUUCAUGUAUGCAGUGCUCAGGGUGUGUCUUCAGUGUAGGUGGAUUACCAAGGAUGUGUGUGUGUGUCAUUUGGUCUGCAGGGUGUGUGAACGCUGCGAGAGUGUAUGAGAGCGAGUGCUGCUUGACAUUACUUCAGAUUUGUAAUAAGAGAGGCUGAAGUGCACUUAGCAAACACACACACACAAACACACACACAUAUGCAGAGAGUGUGUAUUGUGGUUUGGGACCUGCAUAUGUGUGUGUGUUCUGUGUGUGCAGCUGUCACCUGUGAACAAACAACCUGAGUUUUCUUCCUCAUUAGGCGUCUUCAGCACCUUCACAAAGACGCACAGCUCCCUGCAGGGACCGAGCGCACACACACACACAGACACACAGACACACACACACACAGACAGACACACACACACACACACACACGCUGACAGUGAGAAAGUAAUUAAAUAUCUGAAGCAUCAUCAUCACCUAAAUCCCUGAACACACACACAUCUUGAUUAUCUAAAACUUUUGUUUUAAACACACACACUCACACACACACACACACACAGACACACACUUCCAGCUCAAUGCAUUCAGACUUGUGCGGUGUUGUCGGUCCAUUUUUCACCCUGAGCUCCCAUUACGAGGCCGUACCCCUCAGACAAACUCUCUAACGGCAGCAGCGUGUGAAAUAGAUUUGCUUUCUCGCGCUGAUAUACAGGUGAUUAUUCGGCCCCGCGGCUGCAGUUUGUCCUCUUUUAUGUCUUCUCUGUGUACAAGCGGACGGGAAAAUGUGUGUUCCUCGACUCACUGGGCUGAUCGAUGCGAUGAAGAUUAUGUUUUGUAAAGAGACGAGGGCAGAAAUGUGAAAACAUGAGUUUGGAGUAGUUGGGCUAGUUAACCUGAACGUGUAGAGGCAAGAUUAACCCUUUUAAUCUAGAUUAAAUCAAUUCAAGAGAUGUCGAUGUUAUCAGCAGAUUAAAAGGUCCUUACACACAGGGAACGAUGCAAAUAUAUGACGUGAAAUUACGAAAUAUCCAGAGGCGAAUUUGACGCACCUGAUCAUACACAUCGCUAUGACUCUCCACAAGUUGUCCUUCAGGUCGUUAUCUUUGUAAUAUUUGUGUCUAUAAUCAAAAAUCACUUUGUUCUCCAACACGUAAACAAUCAGCCGGUCGGCCAUGUUGGAUAUACCGGUGAAUCUGACGUCACAACAACGUGCAAUCUGUUUGGUCAGAAGUGGACACACAGUAUGCGAAACUUUAGAAAAAUCAACCAUGAUGCGAAAAAAUAAAUGCCGCAAUAUCGCAGGACAGGAAAACGUCGCUGAUGUGAACGCUUAAGGGAUUAACAGAAAUAAUCGCACAAAAAAAACGCUACCGGUGCUAAAGUGCCUGUUGUUUGCUACUUGGUUCUAAUUCAACACAUGAUUGGUGACCCGGAGCAACUCUGCUUUUCAUUGGCUAUUAGUAAAGUCUACCAAAACAUGGCAGAAUGCUGACUAUUAAAAAGCAUAUUGACCAUGUUUUUUUUAUUUUAUUGAUAUUGACGAAAUUUAAUUUGAUAUCGUCAUAGUUUUAUCGCUCAGCCCUAGUCCCGAGUGAAUGUAAUCUGCAAUCAUCUUUUUAAAUCUGCUUUUAGUCACUUAUUUAGCAACUCUGACUUUAGAUAUAAAGGUGCAAAGCUACAGUAUAUGUGUGAGCACUAGGCAGGGACCUGAGGGACUACAGCGCUGCUCAAAAAGGAGGUUAUGAUGAUUCAUAUUUUGCAGCUAAUUCUCUGUUUCUCAUCCCAGAUGUUAAUCAGCGCUGAUUACAGCAGCAGGCUGUCGAAUGAACCCAAAAUGAUUCAAGUGCCGCAUAUUUGAUAACUCGUGUGUCUCCUCUCUGCAGUGACAGAAUUCAACAAUGGCUUGGAGGCCAGUUCAGACUCAGACGAUGAGGACAAGCUGCACAUCGUGGAAGAUGAAAGUCUGCAGGACCCCGAGGUCGCCAACGCCGAGGGGACCGCGCUGCAGGACGGCCAUGACGCUAUCGCAUCAGUAUUACCCCACAACGGCUCCCUGAACGGAGGUGAGAUGAACCAGAUUUUAAAUGUCAGAUAUCAGAUUUCACAAAAGUACUUCCUGUUUUUUUUUGGAAAAGUUAAUGAAGGUCAGACUGCAAAUUGGAAUCCCAAGAGUUUUCUUUAUUUGAUCAGCUAAUCUUGGGAAGUUUUGGGUCUGAUCUGCACAGCGGAGCAAAUGUUUGUUCGCUUUCACCAGGAAGUCGCAAAAAAAAUUUAUUUCAUAUUUAGCACAAUAAACCGGUGAGGAGUUUCCCUUUAAGCGCCGUCAGGAUAAUAGUGUGCAGCGCAGAGCCGUGCAGCAAAACUGAUGCAAACUUUGAGGGUGUUUUUGUGCAUGAAUAUCAUCAGUGUAAUACGCUCUGUGAUGAGAUUUUGAGAUGGCAAACAAUGCACGAUUCUUGGCACAAUUAGUGGCCAUUAUUCCUUCUUCCUCUGUCCUACGUCAGAGACGUGACUCCACCCCAUCCAGUCCGUAACUGUCUCUACCUGAUCUGUCCCGGGAACCUGGUUUGUACUGCGCAUGUGAAAACUGUAUGUAACUUCUUCUACUAACCAUCUUUGAGAAAGCUCAGCAACUCUUUGCCUCUCGCGGUUUGCAACAGCUUCGACACUUGUACAACAGCAUUAGCAUUAGCGAGCCUGCUACAGUCAGAAUGGAUUCUUCAGUUUAUCACCAGCCACACGCUCUUUUCUCCUGAACGGAGUGCUUCCCCCGACUGAAGCAGAGCGCCAGAAAGUCAAGAGAAUGGCGCCCAGUUUUACGAUUAAAGGUUCCUACUACAGCUAAAUUUUAAAAUUGCAACGUAGUUCUAAAAGCCUCUAAUGAAUGUGAAUAUUUCAGGAGUUGAACGGUUCAAAAGUUGUAGCAGCUGGAGCGGUGGCUAAUGUGGGAGGUAGUGAGCAGCUUGUGGAGUAGUUAUCGUCCAUUUAUCGUUACCAAGGUGAACUGAUCAAUAUAUCAUGACAUUGAUUUGAGGACAUAUCGCCCAGCCCUAAUGUGUUAUCUUACACCUAUAGGAGAUAUCACAUGAACAUUGAUUUUUCCUGCAAAUUGAAGUCAGAGGCGGCGGUCUCAGCCUAACUCUCGCACCUCCUGGACAGGAGAAGACUUAGAGAAUUUGAAACCAUGUCAGGUUGACCUGAUAAAUCUCCGCUGUGUGUUGGAAAUAUCAACAAGAACGUCAACUGUUGCUUUGUGUUUUUUUGCGGUGAAUUCAAACAGGUGGUGAGAUUAUCCAAACCAGCAGCCUCCCGAUCACUCAGGUGUUUGUACAUCUCUCUGUAACAGGCUAAAGUAUAUACAGCGCAGUCUUUGAAGUGCUCGCCUCCUAAUUGAAUAAUGUGACAGAGAAAGCAAACGAAGCAUCCUGCUGCCAGCGUUACUGUGUGUAAAAGCGGAAAGCCUGAGUAAGCCGAACAUGAUCACAGCUCAGUGCGCCGCCACGCUUUCAGAUCAACAGAGAGAAAGAAAUAGAGACAGAGGAAGAGAAAGUGAGAGUGUGAGAGAAGUAGACACGCUUCAAUAACGACUUAAAUAAUGUGUAAUCCUGAAACCAUGCAGAGGUUUUAUGUGUAAUCUUCAGCUCUCACAUCCGGACUAACCAGGUAAAUCCCAAACAUUCACUAAAAGACUAACACACCUCUCAAUAAUACAGCGCUCUGCCCGGGGUCAGCUCUCUAUCCCCCCACCCUCCACACUAGCAGAAUGAUAAGUGGAUUUUUGCGAGUCUGAGCUUUACAAACACGAAUCUGCACAAAGCAACUUUAACACCCCGCUGGAAAAUAAUGGCGCCGAAAGACCCAAACACAGCGGAGAUGUUGUGCUAUCUGGGUCAAGCGUCUGUGUGUGAUAGAGCGCUUUCUCCCGGUUUUUAUUGUUGCGGUGUGACAGCAGCAGAGGCGACCAUUUGUACCGCUCUGCUUUACACAGAGCGCAGCACAAUGCAAAUAAAAAGAGAUGCUCGGAUGAGAUUACUGAGCCGGAGCUGGCAUCAAAGAGUCGACGAGUGAAGUGAAAAUCAGAGUGAAACUGUAAUCGAGUCAGGCAAAGAAGAUGCGCUUAUAUAAGACGUCUACGGAAAUAAACGCUUUUUGUAUUUGCUCCAAUUUUCUACUUGAACCUCAGACGCACAAAAAAUGGUUUACAGAUUUAAGUUGAGGAUGUGCCAACAUGAUCCAGCCACCUAAUUAACAAAAAUAAUGCAGAUUUUUCAAGACAAACAAGAAUCUACACAAACAGCAGCUUUGGCUACGGUAGCCCAGAAGGUGAUUUAAAGGGAUAUUCCAGUGUAAAAUUAAGUUAGGGUCAAAAACACCAUAAAACCGACUUAGAAAGAGAGCAAAGAGACUAAAAACAACUUGCUUGUUUGUAUGGAGACCUCCAGGCCAGUCCAUUGACUACAGCGGGGUGACGCAGCUCAAGGAAGAACAUUUAUGAUCAUUUCUUUAUCAUUUCCUUGAAUUAAUAAUCAUCAUAUUAAUCAUUUUUUGCACUGCGGAUGCGGUAGUUCUUCUGCCUUAGUGUCUCGGUCUGAUUGUAUUUUGAAGAAAUGAUCAUAAAUGUUCUUCCUUGAGCUGUGUCACCCCGCUGUAGUCGAUGGGGGUCUCGCUACAAACAAGCCGGAAGAGAGUAGGUGAGUUGUGUUAAGUCUCUUUGCUUAAGAAAUUAGGCAAAGUUAAAAAGAUGUUUGGUGUCUAGUACUAUGGCUGGGACCCUAUAUGUACUGUUGAUGAAGUUAGGUGCUGUUCUGAGCAUUAUUUGUGUCGUUUUGGUUGAGGUUUGUUUAUGGCUCCUCAGUCCGCUGUGUAUUGCUAUCAUGUGGUCGUUCCUAAAGUUGGUAUAACUAGAGAAGCAAGCGGUCAACAACAUACCCUAACUUCAUCUUAUGCCGGAAUAUCCCUUUAAUGAAUUGCCAAGAGACACUGUAAAAUGGAGGGGACAGUAAGGAGUACUGGCAGCUGGUAAGAAGUCCCCGUAUGCCAAGAAAGAGUCCCAAAGGGUUGAAUUUAGUGGCGGUACUGGAGUGUCCCAGCUCACUUAAACGCACCGAUCCUGACAGUCGCAGUAUAUCAAGAUGUUGGAUGUUGGAUGGUGGAUGCUGGACCAGUGAGAUUGUAAAGUGGUCUCAGUGAGAAAUACAGUUAUCCUAGAAAAAAAGGAUAAUUCCGCUGUUUUAGGAGGGACAGCACAUCAGUGAGGAAGUCUAAACUAAGUGAUCCAGAAACCCUUCCUGCAGACCUGGAAUAAGUUUUUGAAGUUGGGACCACUUUGGUUAUGAAGUACUGAAUAUAACACAAGUUUUCAGUUUUGCUUGAUUGCACUUUGAUGCAUGUGCAACCACAGACAAACACGAUAUUAAAGGAUGGUGAACCAGAUUUACAAGCAUAGUUAGUUUUAUGUUUCAUGUGCCGUGCAACAAACCUGCAACAUCCCUGCUUCGACAGAGCAUACAGGGGUGUGGUGAUUCCCCUGCUCUCCCUUUGAUCAGAUUAGUUCAGCCCUCCUCUCAGCCUCGGGAACGCCUGCUCUCCAACAACCAGAUGUUUUUUCCCUCUCAUCUCCUCUCUGAUUUUCGGUGAUAUUACCACAUACCGAAGGCUAAUCUGCCCACGAUCCUCUGAUCUCCUCCUCUUUUUCUCUCUCUCUCUGAUAAGAACACAGGAAUAAGCUUCAUCAUCAUGAUCUUCAGUCUCUGUCAUCUCUGUCCUCAGUUUGGAGUCAAACUUCUCCGCUCAACAUGGAUGACUCAGAUCUUUCCUGUCUUUCUGUCAAAUUUCAAGGAUUUAAGUCAGAGGAUGUGAUAAAAAGAUACAAAGGAAACCAGAGGGCAGGCUUUUGAUUGGCCCUUUGUCUUGCGCUGUUACCUAACAGGAGCAACACCUCAUCCCUAAAAUUACGACGAAAAUCAUCACAGAUUACCUGAGAAAUGAUUGGAAAGUUGCCGGUCUCACAGAGCGAGUGGAUUUUACUGUAAAUGGUAGCGACAUACAACUCCACUGUUACCCCCGAUUUCCACUGCAUCUGGAACGGCUCCACUGCAGAAUGGCGGCAAUUUUACUGUUCGACAGCUGGAAUCUUGAGAACUCACAAGAACCUGCAGAUUCACAUGCAAUCGCGCGAUAACGAGUUCUCCUUCUAGGGGAGGGAAUCUACUUCUAGACUUCUAGAAUCAGCAUCUCUGUAUCCAUGGUAUCGUCAGGGUGAAAUGAAGUCUGAAAACCUUUGACUUGGUCAUCCCCGCCCACGGUUGCAUGGUGUGAAAUACGAUCCACCUGAAACACGUAGUUGUUUAUUUUGAAAAGAAUCUGGAUGUUUUAUCUUGUGUCUGUGCCCGACUUCCUCAACAGAAUUUAUGUGGCAUGCUGCGUCAUCUGGAAAAAAUAGAGCCCUGGCGACGGACCGCAGGGGGGCGGAAAGAAGCCGGUGAAAAUUGACACAUUAACUUGAAUGGAAACGAUCAUCGCCGAUCGGACUUUUCAAUGCCAUUCCGGAUGCGGUGGAAAUUGGGGGUUAGAGGUGAUAUUGGAUGUACAACAACAUUAUGUCAUGUCAGCAGUUGGACUGUUCCUGUCCUUCGUAGAUCAUGAUAACUUCCUCGACUUCUUGCCGACCACUUCUAGUGAGACACAUGAAACAAAGAUCUAAUAUUAAUAGAUGCCAAAUCUGAUGUGUUGACUGCGAUAUUAGAGCUGUGAUGUUUCAUCAGUUUGCUCAUUAACACUGCUGAGGUUGUGUUUGACUGUAGGGAGUUGAGUCAGCUAAAGCGCUCUUUGUUUUUUUUCAGGUCCACCUGUAGAUUAACACCAAACAGGUUUAGUCAUGCAGGAAGCAUCACGUCUGCUUUGUUGAUCACAGCCAGACCUCGGCUCUCUCAUCAAUCCUCUUACUCUGCUCCUUUAUAGCUUCACAAGUUUCAUGAGCUGCUGAACAGAAACUUUUGUAAGUUUGUUGUUGUUUUUGUUUUUAAGCCGCUUCUCCAAACUCUCUUUAAAAAACAGAAAAAACACUUUCUUCUUUUAUUUGAACCUCCUGAUAUGUUACAGUAAGACAGUUUGCAGGAUCAGCGCCAAAGCAGGAAAACUUGGGGAAAACAUAACACACCUCAGCGCCGAACAGCAGAAGUAGAGCGAGAUUUAACAAGCGGCGGUAAAAGCGAGCCUUGAUCCAACAGCACAGAUUGAUUGGCUCGUGUUUACGCCGCUUUUCAAUGCCCUUUUUAAUCCACGAUUCCCCACAAACAGCUCAGCCUACGCAAGCAUCUGCCUUCAUCUCAACAGCAGUCGGUUUCAGCCAAGCAGGAAGUACUAAAACCAUGGAGACGGCGAGAAUGUGACACUCAGAGAUAUUGCUCUCAAGGCUUGUUGCUUUGUUUCUGAAUAAAGCCUUACAUGGUGUGAGCAGUGCUCAUGAGUGCCGCUCGCUCUCUCUCCCUCUCACAGCUCGCUCUGUUUCUCUGCAGUCAAUGAUCCCUCUUUAUCUCUUUUUGUGCUUUACCUUACUUUCCUCUUACCUCCUCUGCCUUUGUGUCUUUUGUGUCUCUUUUCUCUCUUAUUCUGCUCAAACCCAGCUAAAGACACCAUGUGAACGAGGCCUCGGCGUUUGAGGUGAUACCUGGUGUUUUGGAUAUUAUGAGCUCUUAAUUAUUCACAGUAAAUCCUCACAUUAGCGUCACGUCUUUGACUCUUUUUGACAGUCCAACUCGAACUUUUCAAGCUUCACAGUAGCAGAAAAGCCAAUUAGGGGCCGUAUUCAAAAUCUCAAGUGGUCUGAACUGAACCGACGCUUCAUACUGACCUGAUGUAUCUUUUAGUCGAGUCAAGCCUCCAUCUUUAUCAAGUUUAGAUUUACAAGGGCAUGUUUUUAUGAUAUUGCUUGUUAGUGCACAUUACAACUAGGGCUGCAACUAAUGAUUACUUUUGUUGCAAACUGAUCUAUUAAUGGUUUUGUCAAUUAAUCGAUAAAUCACAAUUAUCUUCGUUAGCACCUAUUUUGGACUUAUGUUUUCCUAAAGUUGCUUGAAUCUUCACACCUUUAGAAGAAGAAGUAGAAGAAGAAGAACUUUAUUGAUUCUCGAAGGGUAAGGUGACCAGACGUCCCAGUUUUGGGUGACCUGUCCCCGGCUAAGGCUGUCCCCAAUUUAAGCGUCUCAUGAAAAAAAAUGUUGCUAGUAGACUACAACAACAAUUAUUACGGUAGCCGAGUAGGUAGGAAGCGCAAGUAAGCAUGGAUUACUUGCACCCCUGGAUGUCCUCGGAUUUCAUUUUCAAGUUCUGGUCUCCUUACCGAAGGGAAAUUCAAUUACCCUGUUGUAGAGUUCUGCUGUAAAGUAUGCACUAACGCAAGUGAACUAGCGUUUGCCAAGCUAGCUUCUUCUAUGAUUUUCCGACUGAUAGACGUACGACAUAAAGGUAUGACGUACUUGCAUUAUAGGCUGAUGCUUAAUUAACGAAUGAGCAUGUGAUUAAAAAAUAGCAGCCGGUGCGUCGACGCUUAAAUGUUCGAGUUGGCAUUCGGUUAGCUUUAGCGCCAUCUGCAGCAUCCUAGCAUUCCUGGACUCUGUUGCACAUUGAGUUCAAGUGACAGCAGUCUGAAGGGAGGGGGUCAUGAUCCAAUGGUCCUUGUCCCUCAUCUUCCCACUUCCUGCUUCAUCCUCUUGCCUGUCUUGUCACAAUAAAAGCCUGACAAUAAGAAUGGCACAAUGUACCAACUUUCUGUAAAAUCCACUCUCUUUGUGAGUCCGACACUAAACAUCAUGUGUUCUGAGGCUUUUCAAUCUCUCAGAGAAGAUCUGGAUAUUUUGCCAACCCUCAAAAUCGAACUUUUUCAGGCGCAUCUCUAACAAGGAAACAAUAACUCUGCUAACAAAGGGAGUAAAAGAACUCAAAGCAAGCAAAGCUAAAGCAGACAGAGACUUACCAUUAAUAAAACCUCUUUAUCUGCGAAAACUGGAGUCCAGGUACCAGAAUUAGAAAAAAACAAAACAGAUAUUGAGUCAUCUCAAACAGCUCUUAGGGUCAGGCCCAAAAACUGGCAGCACUAAGUCAACAUCAUCCAGUUUAUCUGACAGGUUUUGGAGCGCAGGCUAAAGAAAAGACCCACUUUCAGAUGUUAGAGGCGGAGAGGUGUAAUACAAAGAUUUAUUGUUCAUAAACUGGCUUCAUGCAGGUAUUGGCAGGUGAGCCGAGAAGGCAGAGUAGUGAGAGAAAACGGGCAGAGUGCUUUUCAUAAAUAAGCAGUUCUUUGUGGAUCCGAAGCUCUUUUGGGUGAAGUUUGCAGCAGAAAGCAGUUUGUGUUUUCAACUCUUGACAUUUUAUCUGUUGAUUCUUGUGUAGAUGAUCUAUGAUGAUCAUAAAUUCACACCUGAGCAGGUAAAUAUAUGUAAGAUGUCCACUAAAGCAUAUUUGACACACUUUUAGAGAUUACAAAGAGGGGAAAGCGUGGCGUGUUACAGCCUUUCUAGCUUCUUUAGUCAAAUAUUAACCAAUAAGGAAAGAGUGAUGUCUAAAGCUGGUGGAAGAUCUCCUCAUGUGUUGGAGGAGAGUAACGGAAAAGUCAUAAAAAGUUGCCGCCGCAGUGAAAAUCCUUCGAAGGCUCGGCAUGAUAUGUUUGGAUUGUCUGACUCCUUUCUUUCCUCGCCGUCUGGGAGCAGCUGGUGUUGAAUCGCUCCUCUGCUGAGAGAUUAGAGUGCGUUACUCCCCCUGCAGUCUGGGCCGCACUGCAGCUCCAAUCCAUCCUGCCUUGUAAAUUCACCCCGGACUCACUGUGACAGGUUCUGGCAAGGUCCACAAGUGCAGCGCUCUGUGCACGAGUGUGUUCAGAGUCUUACGUGAGGCCUCGAGUGUGUGUAUGUGCGCCACAUGAUUUCCUGUUUUCAUUCCAGCCUGAUAUUCCACAUGUGUGUGUGUGAGUCCGGGUCGUCAUUACUGCGCAGCAUUAAGUGUAAUUGUAGAGUGUGGUGGGAAAGUAUGCAGAGAGGUGUAUCAGCGAGGAGGGAGGAGGAGGAGGAGGAGAAAGAGGAGGAAUGAUGGAGGAAAAACACAGGCGGGAGGUAAAGGGGCAGGAGGAAAGAAAGGUGAGGGAGGGAGUUUAAAGAGAGGUUUAAUGUGGAAAGAAAAAUGGUGGUAAAAAAAGGAGCGAGAGAAAAUGGAGAAACAGUGAGAAGGAGGGGGUUGGAAACUGAUGGAGGGAGCAGAAAUAAAGAAACAGAAAGAGAGAUAAGAAAAAAAAAAGGAAGACAAAACACAAAACCGAAGCUUCAAAGUGAUAGAAACUUCUCUUUUUUCUCUCUUUCUCUUUCAGGGUUAUUUUCUGCAGUUAACUACAGCAACAUUUGACAGCCGAGCAUCUAAAGAACCUCAGGAAAACUUUUCUCAGUUUCAUGACAUUUGAUAAAACGAACACUUUGUUCUCGAAGGCUGAAUCUGAAGUCACAUCUUAAAUCAAACUAGAGCAUGACGCGGGAGCAGAUUUUCACUCCCACUCCUAUCCCGCUCCCACUCAAAAUUACUCCCACUCCUGUACCGCUCCUGUUUGAUUAAAACCAAACAUGUUGAAAAAACGUUGCAUUUGCUUAUUUUAGGUAAAAAUGCAGUGCAUAGUAUGCAUAAAUAAAUAAAAAAUUUUAGGUAAAAGUGGCAGCCAAGUCGCUCCCGGCGACUCCGGCAGCCACUCUGAAUCGCUUUUCACUUCCGGUGGUGACAGGAAGUCAAACCACUGUUAUAGUUCUUUCGUGUUGCUAGCGCGGUCAAGAGUGUUGGCUCUCACUAAGAGAUGACUACAAAAAUGGACGCAACUGUUCAUCUGGUUGUUUAACACGGCUGAAAAUGAUCAUCUAUUAAUGUUGUUCCUGCUCCCGUCGCUUUUUUUUCCCGUCCCGAUCACGGGAUUAAUUAAAAAAUGACUCCGAUUCCGUAGGAUUCCCGCUGGAAACACGUGACCCACGGGACUUCCCGAAAAAUGUCAUCCUCUAAAUCAAACUCUGAGCUUUUAGCUUUUAUUUCAACUUACUAUGACGGGAUUUGUCAUUUUGAUGAUAACCUGAGAUAGGGCUGGGCGAUAAACUGAAAAUUUACAGAUACCGAAAUUUACGACUAUAACCGACGUCAUUUUGCCCAUAUUGGUAUAUUGGGUGUUAAAAAGAUAAAUAAAUAAAAGUUGGUUUUGGAUGUGUGUAGGUAGGCUAUGGUCUCAUGUCCCUUUAAGACGCUGUCCUACAUCAGAGACGUGACUCCACCCCUUUCAGUUCAUAACAAAGAGGGAAAGACAGGUGAGGAGAUGGAGGACGGUUCAAAAGUUGUAGCGGCUGAAGUAGACGAAGUUAAUGUGGGAGGAGGUGAGCAGCUUGUGGAGGAGUUAUCGUCCAUUUAUCGUUAUCGAGGUGAACUGAUCAAUAUAUCGUGAUAUUGAUUUGAGGCCAUAUCGCCCAGCCCUAACCUGACAGAUAAGCUUCAUGUCAAUAAUCACUGAAUAACAACAGAUCAUGACAGUAAUCCUUUCUUUCUUCUCUCUACUAUUGUCUGUUUGAGCACUCAACUACCAGUAUUGAGCGUGUAAAUUAAGGACCGUUUUUAACAUUAAUUAGAUUGUUUUCUGAAAGUUAAAUAGCAGAAAAUGCUCCAGGAUAGAUUUGGCAAACAGCCCGGAAAGUGAAGACUGAUUUAGUCUUUUCACUCGCCUUAAAUGUGACAUAAGUUGGUGAAAACUUUAGUCAAAAUGACACAGUGAUUUGUUUGAUCACUACUCUGUCCAGCAAAGACAUCCCAGAGUAAAUAAGGGGGAUUAUACAGAAGGGUAAGUGGACAGGUGGUUGUUCUUUUCAUUUUUUAGACUGGAUUAAAAUUCCGUUUGAGUUUUUGUUGGUUUUCUUUUGUUGCAGCUGAUCUUCGAGGCCAAAAACAGGGAGAAAAGUAGCUGCACUUCUUAGAUAUAUCAGGAUUUAACAUGUCUGUUUUUCUGGUCUAUUUUAAUCUCUCCAUCUGUUCACUUCUUACUUUUUACAUUUAGCACCUAUACUUUGUUUCACGUCUAUUUUUUUCCUUCUUUUUCACACAUUUACCCGUCGCAGCAGUUGUGUGUUUUGGGCUGCCAAAACAUGUCAGUGUCGCACUUCAGCUGAGCUCGUAAAAGAGAGAAGGAAAGAGGAGAGGGAGAAAAGAUAGAGAGGUAGAGGACCGAAGAAAGACUUGUUAAAGGGAGAGUGGAGAACGGAAAGAGGGAUGAAAGGUGGAGAGAGGAGGAGAGAGUCUCUGAGGAGAAAAGAGAGAGAUUUGGAGAGCUUUGAGAUGAGAUCAUGGGAAGCAGAGAUCUCUGUGUUUAAAUUGAGGCUUAACAGGGCUCGGCCUGGUCCUGCCUCGACUUUAUGAACACACACACACACACACACACACACACACACACACACACACACACACAGCUGCACCUGUCCCUGACACGGCUCAGCAGGAAGAGGCGUGGCCUUUGGCACCAGUCCUGCGUGCACUCAAAAUGCUUGGUCUCCAUGGUAACGCUGGCCACAGUUUCACCUCAGUGCUUGUUCUUAUCAACAUUAUUACACACACAAAGUGAGGUUAUGGCUCCGCCUCAGCGCUAGACUACACUUUUAAUGAAGAUUGGUGCACACUGGAGCGUGUAGAGAGGAAGCUGUCCUCUGCGGUGAGAAACAGACACCAGAGACCAGUAAAGUUAGGAGGAGUCUGCUUGUGUUCAAGCACCUGAAGAGGUCUGAGAACCACCUGUGGCAUCAGUGAGACGUCUUAUUUUUGGGGGUUUAAAGCUCCGUUUUGUUGCCAGGUGGUUUCGUCCUGUUUAAGUUGUAUUUUCAGACUAAUUAUGCCUUUAAACAGUAAGAUGUGACACUGUGAAAUCUGGUCAAUAAUGAGGCUCUUCUUGUUUGUUGUUUUUUUUUACCUUUUUUGAAUGAAUUUAUUAAACACUGCCAUGUUGGAUAUACCGGUGAAUCAGGCGCUGCAACAACACGCAAUCUGAUUGGUCAGAAGUGGACACACAGUAUGCGAAACUUUAGAAAAUUCAUCUAAAUUCAUCUAAAUCUUAUUCUCUUUUGCUUGUUUAAAAAAAAACACUUCAUAAAUAAGAUGAAGAAAGAAAAGUGAAAAGACAAAAAAAGAAAAACAGAAAUUAUCUGAGGGAUAACAAGAAAACGUAAUCCAUCAGAGAGGAGAGCUGAACUCAUUUUCAUUCAUGGUACUCCAUAUGUAAACAAAUACACCUUCAAUUCUUGGUUAAAGCAACUUUUGUUAAUGUCUGAAAUUAAAAAGUUGGGUAAUUCCAUGCUAUUGUUGCAUUUGAUUUCUUGGCGAACAACUAACAGUUAAAUCGACAUAUUUUUGCUGUUUUGUUUUAACUUCAUCCAUAUUUUCACUCAUUUUUAAUUAAAGACAUGAAAUGAGCCCUAUAACUAAACAUAAUCAAUUAAAAGGCAGAUUUUUUGUGUUAAAAAAAGCUGGAAUUGGGUCUCCAAAUGUUUUUAAGUCAUUUGAAUAUUUAUGUAAAUAUUUUUAAAAAUAUUUUCUUCAACCAUUUCCUGCAUUUGAGAUCUGCAGGGUUUGAUUUCAGAGAGCCAAACAGCAGAAAGAGUUUAUAAGCAUGGUCACACACAGACUCAAAAAGCUCUCUGCUGCUCUCUAGUGGUGAUGGAGCGAAACAGAACCUCAGCGUGCUGAUUCAGACAGUCUAUUAAAAAUGUUAUCCUUAACAUGUGUGUGUUUUUGUGUGUUUUAGUGAAGGAGGAGUGUGUGUCAGAGGAGGAGGAGGAGGUGAAGGACGCUCUGGUGGAGGAGAUUCUCCAGCAAGGAGACACGGCUGUCAUCUACCCUGAAGCCCCCGAGGACGAGCACAGUCCAGCAGAGACGGGAGGCGCUGAUGAAAAUGGUAACAUAAUACUCUUUAAAACACGCCUCUAUUAUAAUUUCCAGUUUACUCCAUCCUCCUCUUAAUGUGUUUCUCUGUUCCCUCCAUCACAGGUACACCAGACACCUUCCCCCAGCUUCACAUUUGCCCCUACUGCUCCCGGGGCUACAAGCGCAACGCCUCGCUGAAGGAGCACAUCAAGUACCGCCAUGAGACCAGUGACGACAACUACAGCUGCUCGCACUGCAGCUACACCUUCACCUACCGCUCGCAGCUGGAGAGGCACAUGACCCACCACAGGAACAACAGGGAGCCGGUAAACUCACCGCCGAACGCAUCAACUCUGUUAAUGUUUAACUUGAAACAGCAGGCCACAGUCUUAUGAUGGCCUAAAAAUCACAAACUUCAAAAUAAGACUGCUUAAAUUUAUCCAGGACCAAACUUACAGAACAGUUGUGUCACAUGUAGCCAAUCAGAAAGUGUUGUGGGUGGGACAUUAGAUGAGACAAAGUGGUGCAAGAAAACAAAUCCAAAGACCAGACACACCAGCAGCAGAAACAUUUAAAAGCAGUGACUGUUUGUGUUUUAAACUUUAAAAAUGGUUUGUUAAUAAAUGCACUUCGAUAUAUUAUUCAGGAACAAUAUAAAAAACGACUAUAGCAAAGAAAAUAGCCAGGUUUCAGUGUUGUGUCGUUCGCAAACGAUUCGUUCAAAAGAACCAAAUCUUUUAAGUGAACGUACUGAACCAAAUCACUUCCCCGAGUGAUUCGUUCGUUUCUCACUUCAGUUGAGCUGACGUGAGAAACAGCAUUGCCAGUCGAGCAGCCGGCGAAUGAGGGACCACAUGCACCAACGCCUGAAUAACUUGGUGAAAGAAUCACGCAUUGAACUACACUCUGGAAUCAUUUUUGUCGGACAAAACUAGCUUAUUUCUGCUAAAUUGCCACCACAACAACUACAUAUAAUAGGACAGAGCAUGUAACAAGUAGUGCAUUAGACCCCCAGCAUCCUAUCAUUGCAGCGGUUUGCGAGGGAACGGUUUAUGUUCAGCGUGAAUUCUUUUAAACGUUCAGUAAACGGAUCACUCACUGAGCACAAUUCACCGAGCAGACCAGAUAAACAGGAUACCAUAGGACAGUACACCUAAAACAUCAUGACAUAUAAACAAGUUCAUUUUUACAAACUUGUUUGCCAAAGCAACACAGCCAAACACUCUCGUCUCACGGUCCCAGAAGCUAUGAAUUGACCUAAACCCUAAAACUGUUCAGCUGUGAAUCAGUUCGGGAGGUCGGCUCCCGCCAAGCGCUAAAUGAUUCGGUGAUUUGAAGAACGAAUCUUUUGAACGAAUCUUUGCCGUGCCCAUCACUAGAAAACUGCCAGGUUUAAACGUGCUUUUUAACGGUCUCCUGCGACGUCAUCGUGAGUGUUGCAACGUGAUUGGUCAGUUUCCUCAGCUUUCCUCCAAUAGCGCAAGAACAAUCAGCAAAAGUAGGAAGCGUAAACUAGAUGUAACCACAGACACGAAACAUCCAACGGAAUAUUAAGGAUUAACUCUAAACAAAUUACUAAAAAUACGUAGUUUUGGUUUAAUAACUACAUGUUUCUCGAUAUUUUCGAGCCACAAGGUUUCUCUCUUCAAACUUAUACGAGUAGAAAACCGUUAUUUUCAUCCUCCAGUGGAGCAAACACGAAAGUUUAGCAAAAUCAAACACAGACAAAUCCUCAAUACAAGGUCAACCGACAGAAAUCCGCCUUAAAGGAGCGAAUUUAAACUUUUACUGACCUGUUAUGGAGAGUUUAAUGAGUCCCAUCCUCGAGUCUCCUCCGUGUGUGGGCUCAGGUAAUCCAUCCAUCUAUCCAUGCACGCGCGCCGCAAACUUUCGCGCGUUAACGGUAAAGGUAGCCGUGACGUCACGCCGUACUGCAUGUUGGGAGAGAGGGGGGCGUCAUCCGAGGAAGCGCGCGCGCUCACCUCAUGGCUGACCUGCCUCCGUGGUUACCUGUCCGCUCACCUUUUGUUUAGAUCCGCUCGAGGAAAAAAAAGCGAAUCUGGAAAAUCCUGCAGGCUGCAGAAACGGAGAACAGCUGUUUGUCUGAACCUCUCAGACACUAAUUCAUGCAAUAAACCUGUGCGUUACACCUGGACAGGUUUAGGACCGCGUGCAAUGGGAAAAAUGCCACGUUUUUAGGUAGAAAAAAACAGCUCGCGGACUAAACCGGACAAAUCUGCACGGUUUUUCUCUCUAAGGUAAGGUUAUAUCACUCUUUCUGCACAAAAUAUUAGGUGGAAAAUCUUAAUUUAAUACCCAAAUAAGCGUUUCAGUCUGUCAUAGUUAUUAACUUAUUCAACUAGAAGAAGUGGGAGUUGUUUAUGUGCUGUAUUUAUCAUAAAAACUUUGAUUUUUUCGUUUUUUUUUUCUCAUUUCAAUGUUAAAUACUUGGUUAUAUAGAGUAGGUUUGCACCACAUUAUUUACACCUUUUAUUCUACUAUGUAAAAGUAGACCCUCUAUCUUCCACAAAGAGUUCCUCCUCCUCCUUUCUGACCCACCCACAGACAGGCAGACAGGUGAGUUAUUUAUUCACCAGCCAAUUUGAGAUUAAACCGCGCCCACUCUCCAGAGACUGAGGCCUCUGUGCAUGUGUACCUAAGGGACACCUGGCUGAAGUGGAUUAGAUGACAUCAGCAUUUAAAGUUCAGUGAACACAACUAUAUAAUUUGAUUCCCUAAUAUUUGUGAAACUGGAUUUUAUUAUCAAGUAAAAAAAUAUAUUAAGGUUAUAAAAAAGAUUUGCCAAUCUUCUGAUCCCUCGUCCACGUCUAAAUUAGCAAACAUCAUCAUUACAGGGACAAAUGUUGCACUUAUUCAAACUUUAACAGUAAGGAAAGAUGGAUCGUUUAGAUGCACUGAAAUAGGACUCCCAUAGUUAUGAGAAAAUUUUGUACUUUCAUAUGAUAAGUCUUUUUUUGUCAUAAAAUUCGUGCAUUGCAAGGAGAAAAGUAUCCAUGAGGACACCAAUCAAAAGAAUGAGUUAAAAUUAUAUUAAAUUUGAUGUUUCAAACUUUGCUUUUCUAUCUAAAAGAUCGGCAGAGUGUUGCACCAUCUCUGCGUAAACUGUGUCUUAAGUUAGAGUAUAAAGUCCACACUUAACUGCUGUUUUUUUUUUCUUAACUUAAGUUGUUCCAUCGUUCGGUUGCACCACAUGGACAUAAGGCUCAUCUGAACUAGUUGAGCGUUGCACCAAAAUCAUGUCUUUACUCCAUUAGGCCAAUCAGUGAUCAGCUCUUUUAUCUAUUAGGUGUUUGUUAGGGUGCUGACUCGUGCUUGGUUGUCUUUUAAACAGGCUAAUUGCUUAAAUAACUGUCAUUUACUCUUAUUAUUUAAUGAACAGCAACAUUAAAGUAUGUAAAUUAUGGCAAAGCGAUAUAAUGAGUUGAUAAUCUGUAGUGUAACAGUGACAUCAAGUGGGAAAAUUAUUAACUACAUCAUACCUUCAUCUGGUGGUUUGCCUUUAUUAUAAUAAUAAUAAUAAUAAUAGUGCUUUUAUUCAAAAUUAUUUUAAAUGUUUAAAAUAAAAGUAAUUGCAUAUUUUUAAUUAACAGUCUAUCGUGGAGAACAGCUGAUUAAACCCCCAUAUUACCCCAUCUCUUGAAAUAAUGCAGGGAUGAUGAAAUUAUCUUAGCUAAUGCUGAUGGUCAAACUAGACUAUGGUGGUCUUUACACGAGUAUGAAUGUGUAAGACACCAGUAAAAUAAACUACUGAUCUGGUGAUAUUGACACAGAGACGCGUAUUUGUCCAUGACUCUGCAUCUUUUUUGAAAACGGGUCUGCAGGUGGAUAUCUGGGUAUUCGUCUUCAUGCCGUAGUUGGUAUAAAUAGAUAAGUCCGGAAAAGACGGUGACCUCAUAGCACCCCUCCUCCUCCCCGCCCCCCAAACCCACGUUGUCACACACACAGCAACAACAACAAUGGCGGUAGCUGGGGUGAUUUUGUUCUUGUUCCAGCAACUACAAAUAUUGCUACGACUUUUAUACCAACAUUUAGAACAGCAACAACACCAGCUACGGCAACAACAGCAACAACUGCUCAUGUGUAAACAGCGAUACUUGUUUUGGUGGCGACGCCAAGACAAUACGGGGCCGUCCUCGUGUGAGGAGGGUCUAUGUUUAAUCUUGUGUGUUGCUGGUGCAGUGUUUUAUUUGUACUACCAGUCCAUCCCUUAGAAAAGAAAACUAAAAGACAUCACUACCAUCUCAUGUCUAAACGAUUGUUAUUUUCCGUCACAGCGUCACGUGUCCCAGGCGUCAGGAGGAGCACCCGGUUCCCGUAAAUUCAAGUGUAACGAAUGUGCCAAGGCCUUCAAGUACAAGCAUCACCUGAAGGAGCAUCUGCGCAUACACAGCGGUGAGUUGUUACCACUUGUUGCUUCAUCACUAAUUUAUGAUAUUUUCUCAAGAUUUAAAUUUCUUUUUCUUGUUUUUGAGAGUGUAUUUUUUUCUUCUGUGUUCCCCCAUAAAGGUGAGAAACCUUACGAAUGCUCAAACUGCAAGAAGCGAUUCUCCCACUCAGGCUCCUACAGCUCCCACAUCAGCAGUAAGAAGUGUGUGGGUGCCGCGCUCCCAAAUGGCGUCCCUCGGACUCUGAUCAAAUCCCCUCCACUCCCCAAUCAGACCAAUCCGGUCACGAUCGCUCCGGCCCGCAUGAUCCUUAAAGAGAAGACUGACAGCAAACCUCUCCAGGAGCAGCUUCCCGUCACCCAGAUCAAAUCCGAACCUGUGGAACUAGCGUGCAAGCCCGUGAUGGCGGCGACGACAACUUCAACGAGUACCAACGGCGUGGUGAACGGCGGGACGACGCAGCCGACCGUGGUUCAAGCUGCGACUCUGCCUCAGGGUGUGGCCAUGGUGGUACCCACAGUUGGCCUGAUGUCGCCGAUCAGCAUCAACCUGAAUGACCUGCAGAAUGUGCUGAAGGUGGCGAUGGACGGAAACGUGCUCAGGCAGGUGCUGGGAACAGCCAAUGGUGUGGUGGCGCAGGGGAAGCAAGGGAUUGUGGUCCAGCAGCCUCAGCAGCAGAUCAUCAGCCUGCCUGCCUUCGUGGAUCAUGACGGCACCACAAAGAUUAUCGUCAACUACAGCAUCAACCCCGCAACCGCCACCGCCGCCACAACCCAGCCUACACCGCUUGUUGCCAAAACCAAUCCUCCGUCUCUUCCUGUUACCAUCACCGCGCCCGCAGCCCCCACCCCCAGCAGAACAGACAAACCCCCGACCCCCGAGGCGACUGACCUCUCCAUCGUGAAAGCAGAGCCUGAAUCAGUGCCCAUCAUGGAGGCGGAGGCGUGCACUCAAACACAACCGAAAACUGUCCCGACCACGGACGCCCAAACAGCUCAGAUGCCAAAAGUGAACAGCUCCAGUACGUGUUUACUCUGCGACGACUGUCCUGACCACCUGGAGGCGCUGCACCUUCUCCAGCACCGCAAAGCGGCCAAUGGGGAGGCUGUUGACUCGGCCGCUUUGGAUCCAUCGUUCGCUGAUCUGCUGAGUGAGGCGGGGGUGACGUUGGAGGAGCCGCCUGUAGAUGACCCCCUCACACUCCUCAAGGCCUCCUUCACCUCCAACGCCAAACCCAAUGAGGAGGAGCUGGUGAAGAUCUCCGAGUCGGUCAGUAUUCCCAUUGAUGUAGUCAGGAAGUGGUUCGGCAAGAUGAACUCUGGGAAAAACGUGCAGAAACGCUGCAAUAAUGCUAAAGCAACCACAAAGUCCCGUUCCUUAAAUCAGAGUGAAGCGAAUAAGGAAGACAACGCCCAAAAAACCUCCAACAGAGCCUCACCUGAACCCGGCAGCACUUCUUCAUCAGACUGUUCACCUCUAAACCUCAACGGAGACCUCGUCAUCGUGAAGACGGAGCCAGAAGACCCAGAGGCCUCAGACUCCCAGGCAGAGCCACUCGAUCUCUCGGUUCCCAAACAUCUCGCGGCAUCAUCGGAAACGACCACGCCCCCUGCCAAACAGCAGGAGCAGCCCCUCAACCUGACCUGUCUGCGGAAGGAGCAGGUGGAGGGUCGAACCAUCUACGUCACUGCGCCUCAGACCGGGAGACCUGUCAACAUCGUCUCUGCCGCACAGCUCCCGACGCUCGUGGCCAUCGCCGGUCAGGGCACGGUGGGCUGUCUCAGCGCCAUCAACACCACCACCAAGCGCACCAUCCUCAUCCCCCAGCUCACGUACACUUACGCCACUACAGCCAGCAACGCCACUGGAGCGAAGACUGUUGUACUAAACGGCCACAAGGUUGGUAGUUUGGAACAUUUUGUCUCCCAAACUGUUUUAGAUUUACACUUUCUGAUCUAAUAACCUUUCUACCGGUCUACAGCAGAAUUGAUGAUCAUUUUCUGUAUUUUUCAGAAGGAGAAGAGGCCAGAUAGUAGCUCUGAUGGUGCAGCUCCAGGGGAGGAGAGUCUGGACCCAGACUCAGCUCUUCAAGCUAAAAGGCCUCGGAUGGGAAAGGGCGUUUACGCCUGUGAUCUGUGCCACAAAGUCUUCCACAAGACUAGCUCCCUGAUCAGGCACAAAUACGAACACACAGGUAUCACUGACACUGACCGACAUUUUAAUUCUACUAAUAUUGCUCUAUAAUGUGGGAUGUCAGCUGACUUUUAGAGGGAAAUGUCGUCAAAAGCCUGUCUUUAAUUGUAAAUGAGUAUAUUUAUAAUUUGACAAAGUGUCAGUUAGCUUUAACGUUGACCAAAGUUUGGAAAACUGAGGGGGGCACACUUCCUUAAUGGGAAAAGCUAAGGCAGGGAGAGCAGCAGCAAAGACUCUAGAAGACAAUAUAAGUGGCACUGGUGAAAUCAGACCCAGCAUUUUGAGCAAGGUGGAGGAGCAGUUUGCAGAAUUAGGGGAAGGCAGGCUAUACCAGUUUUAGACAGACCCUGAUUCUGAUAUUUUCCACUUAGAUGCAUAGAAGAAAAUCCACUUGGAAAUAGGAGCUUGUGUCCCCUUCUUACUCUCUGUCCUGUAAUCUGCAGGUAAACGGCCUCAUGAGUGUCCCAUCUGCAAGAAGGCCUUCAAACACAAACACCACCUGAUCGAACACACGAGGCUGCACUCCGGGGAGAAACCAUACCAGUGUGACAAGUGUGGGAAGCGUUUCUCUCACUCUGGCUCGUACUCCCAGCACAUGAACCACCGCUACUCCUACUGCAAAAAGGACGGGCCAAGACCUGACUCCAGUUUAGGCCCACGCAGGAUUCGGGUGGAAAUCAUCCGACCCGGACAACACCCUGACAGCGGAACGACCACUCCACCCUCUCAGCCGGACUCAGACGAGCGGGAGAGUGAAGAGGAGGACGAUGAGGCGAUGUGCAUGGACGACAUCCGUGUCAUUCAGGUGGACGAUGGCGAGUGCGAGAUCUACGAGGGGAACUUUGAGGACGAUGAGGAGGAGGACGAAGAGGAGGAGGAAGAGGACAUGGAUGAAGAGGCGCAAAGAAGAGCGGCGGAAAUGGAGUUGGGGUAUGACGUUGUCGAGGUCGAGCUGCCAGAAGAUCACAUGACGGUGGAAGAGAUGGAGGAAACAAGUGAAGGAAAGGAGGACGCGUCGAGUGCAGGUACAGAAAAAGUUACAGACUGUGAAGCAGAAACUGACAAAGGUGCGAGAGAGGGGUCACAUGGUGUGGAAACAUCGGAGGAAGACACGACAAACAUCGUGAAAAAUGUAAAUGAAGAGACUACAAACAUGGACAAAACAACAGAGGAAGAGACGGCAAAGAUUGACGAACCGAUGGAGGAAGAGGUGGCAAACAUCAACGAACUUACAGAGGAAGCGACAACAAACAUCGACAAAACUACGGCAGAGGAGAUAACAAACAUCCUCGAACCUACGAAGGAAGAGACAGAAAUCGUUGCCGAAUCUAUCGAGAAAGAGACGGAAAACAUCCUCGAACCGACAGGGGAAGAGAUGGCGGAUAACGUCGAAUCUACGAAGAAGGAUACAGCAAACACCGAUGAAGCCACAACAGAAGAGACAACGGAUAACGCCAAAUCUUCUGAGAAAGAACUGAUAAACAUCCUCGAACCUACAGAGGAAGAAACGACAAACGUCGUAGAGCCUGCAGAGGAAGAGACCUCAAGCACGGCCAAACCCACGGAGGAAGAAUCGACUGACAAGACUGAUCCUCCAGAUGAAGUGUCGACAAACGCGACUGAAGAGACAACAGAAAUCACUGAUCCUACAGACGAAAUGACGACAAACGCCAAAUAACAGUUCCAAGCUGUGACUCGAUGAGGUUGAGUUCACUGAGACAAAACCGCAGAGAAGUCCUAGAGUUGCGGCGGUUGCCUGAAUUUAUCGGUCCACUACUGUGUACAAACUCCAGGUGUGCCUGAACUUGAAAACAGAAAAAAAACAAAAAGACGUUUUUUUUUUUUUCUUGUGGAAAUGAAAAUAUCAGUGUUAAGAAUUGUUUAUAGAAGUACAGAUUUUAAAGCUGAACUCACCCUUCAACUUGUUAGACUUGUUACUGAGACAUCCCAGGUUGUUUUUAUUGUUUGUUUUCAUUUGGUCAGUGUUACUAAUCUUGUUCUCCUUUGAAAACAUUUUAACCUGUAAAAACGAGAAAGAUUUCUAUACCUUUUUAUUGCCAAUGAAGUUUCCUAAAUCAGUAUUUUAUUGAGUUCUACGAACAAAAACCUCUGCACUACAGUAUUCCUGGUUUACCUACGGAUACAUGCCUCAUGCAUCGUAUGCCCUUCAGUGUUAUAAACGUACACUAGCUAGCGAGAUGUCGUAUGUGUUAGUGUUAGUCUUUGCUAGCUAGCAUUACCUUUGUUUUCAGUUUGACUGUUAGCCUUAAAGAAAACAAAGGAUUCUUGGGGAGGGUUGUGGGGGGGGCGGGGAUGGGGAGUCAGGGACGGGAACGUGGCUUCUGAACGCCAUAACCAAAUUUGUCCAAUCAGGGAAGGUAGAGUCACAACCUCAAAGCCAGCAUCAGGCGCCUGUGUUUUGAAACCUGAUGUAGCCGGGGAUGGGUGGAGUCCCCACCUCUCCUGGCUCAGCCGUGUCGCAAAACACACGCAGCCCUUCUUACCGAGCUCCUUGUUAUUUUGGUUGACCUCUGUUCUCAGUGUUUCAGUGUUAUUAGCUUAUCUAUCUCUAUAUAUGAAGUCAUACUGUACGUGAAGGAGCAGGGCUGUUUCCUGCUCCACCCCGAUGCCUCCAGCCUUAUGCAAGACCUGUGUGCUGUUUAAAGUGCCAUUGAACAGUGUUAUUUCUUCUUCUCACAUGUAGCCAGUAUUAUGUUCCUCUGUUACUUAAAAGAGACCCAUAUUGACUGAUGUUUGUCCACUUGCACAGAACAGCUGAUUUUUGCCACAAUGACUAAAGAAACUUACUGUGAAAUCAUUUUGAAACAUGUCUAUGGCCUUUAAAAGUUUCUGACUGCAUACAGACUGUGGAAAACCAUCAUAUGAGCUCCGAGUAAGCAUUAGUUUCAUUAUUAAAUCAGCGCAUUAAAGCUCCAGUGAGGAGCUUGUUGUUGUCGUUGAUGAUUUUGGCGCCUCCUGUGGACAAAGUAACACCUCUUAUCUUUUCUGAGUUUGUUCUGUUUAUAUGUAAAUAGUGUGUAUUGACAAAAAACUCAUCAUGCUCUUAUUAAAAGUGAAAUGUAUUAUAAUGUUUAUAUUUGCAGUAAAAAGUCAAACAAAAGGUUGUUUUUCAGCGUGCUGUGAAUCGUCACUUCUGACACUUACCCCCUCACACUCGUAACAGACUUCUGAAACAACUUUGAAAAUAGUUUUCAGACCUUAGUUUUCAGAAGUCGUCUUGUUUUCUGUUGUGGGUCACAAAGAGGCUUCAUUAGGAAUUUUAAUCGUUGUCAAACAGUCCUGAAGUCUUCAGAGACUUAAAACGAAAUUUAAAGAUUUCAAAACAACAGUGGAGCCAAUACUACAAAAUUACUGUUUUGAAUGUCUGACGUAAAACCAAAAAUCCUGGUUCUGAGCUCUAGGACAGGAUUCUAAUUUAGAAGUCGGAAUAAAAAGGUUUUAAAAAAGGGACAUUUCAAAUUUUAAUGAAUAUUCUGAGUUCAAAGAAAAAAAUUCUGAUUUAAUAGUCAAAAUCAAUUAGGGUUAGCUAUUUAAACUUUUCUCAGAAUUCUAAGUAUGAAAUAAAAAUCCAGACUUUGACCCAGAAUUAUCCUGAUUUAAACUUAGAAUUCAGAUUCUUUCUAGAAUUCUGACUAAAUACAAUUUAAAUUUGAGUAAAAAAAAAAAAGUUUAAAGCCUAAAUUGAGAUUUUAAAGACAAUUGCUAAGUUUGAAGUCAGAAUCUUGAUUAAAUUAGUCAAAUUAGUCAGAGUUUAAAAUGAAAUCUAAAGUGUAAAGUCGGACCAUUAAUGAUAUUAAACUCGGAAUUCCAACUUUUUUCUCACAAUUUUAACAUUUUUUUUUUUACUGUUGUCAGAUUUAAGCCCUAAUCCCAAAACUUUACACAGAACUUGAAAUUUUCCCGAGAAUUAGAAUUUUUAAUUUAAAGAAAGAAUUUUGGUUUUAUAGUCUGUAUUUCUCUGAAUUCUUAACCAUCUGUCUAAAAAAAUUUAAGUUUAAUAUUGAUAAUCCUAAUUUUCAAAAGAGUUUUAAUCUUGAAGAUAAAAAUAAUUUUAUAUUCAGAAUUUUGACUUUCGGUUCAGAAAUUCGACCCAUUCAACCAAAUUAAUUUAAGCCUGAUUAACCCUGGAUGUUGAAAUGGAUACCCAAACAGUGCUUAAUUAAGUCUGUUAGUGAAGUCUUUAAAACUCUUGGGUGUGAGGAGUUUUUAAAGUGUCAGGAGAGAUGAUUUACAGCACGCUGAGGAAACUGCCUUUUUUCCAAAGUAAAUAAUCACAAUGACUGGUAACAUCUCACUACUUAAAAAAAGCUGGAUGUGGUUUUUGUCACUAACAAUACGUACACAUUUACAAGACAAAAAUUCAUUAAGAUCUAAGAGUUGUGUUUUCUACAGGGAGCGCUCAAAUCAACACAAAAGUUCAUUAUAGGCGCUUUAAAUCCUUGACUGAUCAAUUCAAAUGUAUUUUUCUUCAUCUUUAAAAUAAUGUGCUUUUAGUCCUGAAGCAUGUUCAGUCAUUUUAACUUUACUUUAUUAUCUAAUUGGUCCUAAAAGUUUUAUUUUCUAAUGUCUAAUUUCACAAAAACAUCCUGAAAUUUUUAUGUUACCCUUUUUUUUUGUUUGUUUGUUUUUUGAAUAUUGAACAGAUGAAGUUGUUCAACAAUAUCUUAAACAUUUGAACCUUUGAGCCACAAUCUGAAAGACUAAAAAGUACAAAAACGAAUUAAGUCGAACCUGUGGAGAUGAGAUGCCUUUUAAACUUGAGAUAAUCAGCCUCCUGCUUUUGUUAAAACCAUGUGAGAGCAUAUGUCGGUUUUGAAAUGUUUACAUAAGUGCUCAGAAACAGAAAACUUUGAGGCAGGUGAGAAUAUUUUAAAGCAGAAUAAUCCGGAUAAUCUGGCAGAUUAAGGAUUUAGCAGUAAAAAAUUGAAAUUCUUCAGACUUCUGCACUUGUUUCAGAAAGUUUUUGAAACGUGAAUUUGUGGCGAGCUGUCCCGCACUUCAGGUAACAAACGUGAGUGAAUGUGGUCUCUGUUGUUUUCAGUUCCUCUUCCUGAACAGUGUUUGAACUAUUAGUCUGUUUAAAGUUGUUUUUAUGUGUCCUCUGUAUGUUUUUUUUUUUUCAACAAUGGCAGUAUUAGAACCCUUUUCACAGAUUAAAAAUGUACCUGUUUAGUUUCUAGAAGACUUUUUUAUAUUUAUGUGUCUUAUUUUUAUAUUUUCUUUUAUGGUUAUUUAUUACACAUUGUAGUGUACAUUAAUGUAGUUUGAAUUGAUACAAUAAUAUAUUUUAGUAUGAAAAAUAAUCUCAAGACAAACAGAAAAAGCCCAAAAUGUGGUUCUGGGAGCUGAAGUUUGUUUUAACAAAAAAAAAAAAUUUGAGAAAAAGAUGAAACAUGUAUUCUGUAAACAUGACUUCUGUUUAAGCUAAAAAGAAGAAAAAAAGCCAGGAAUGGAAUGAGAAUUAGAAACUGUUACAUGUGCAUCCGCUCUUUGCGUCGUUAUGAAGCUACUGAAUCUAAAACUCUGUGAUUUUAAAAGCAUGAGUCGUCGCCGUUUUACUGAAGGAUCUUGUUAUGAAGCCGUUACUCCUCCCUUUCUUUGAUUUCCAAGCCAAAUUUAGAUCAUCCCUCCACCCUGUUUUUCUGUUCUGUGCCAACUCGUUCAUUGUACUGUCGAAGGCUGCAUAUCGGUCGUUCUGUCCUCACCCUUUGUAAAUCCACUGUCUUUUGUAUUGUUUUUAUUUUAGUUUUGCUCCAUUUUUAUGACUCCCCAUCACAAUAAAAUAUAAAGAAAACAU